AUGGCCGACAAGAGUGGAAAGAUUCUUUCAGGUCCAUUAUACAUCGAAGUUGAAUAUGACUAUGAAUACGAAGCAAAAGACAAAAGGAUUGUGAUUAAACAAGGGGAGAGAUACAUUUUAGUGAAAAAGACGAAUGAUGACUGGUGGCAAGUUAAGAGGGAUGAAAACUCAAAGCCAUUCUAUGUGCCAGCACAGUAUGUGAAAGAAGUAACUCGCAAAGCACUAAUGCCACCUAUCAAGCAAUUGGGUGGGCUGCCAAACAGCUCUUUAAAACUUAUGCAUGGGUUACAGAGGUCAACAGAAAAUGUCAAUAAGUCUCCGGAGCUUUCUAGUUUUGGGAAAUCUUCUCCAGUUCAAGUGUCUAGCACAGUUCGGGAUGCCAAUCAGAAUUUGGGACCAAACGUUAGCCCAGGUCAGAAUUUUGGCCUGAGCUUGGACCUUUUGCAGAAUAAUGGGAAAUCAAAUGAAUUUCAGUUCCCUAAAGUUUCCAAUCAGAACAGAACAUUCUCUGUGUCCCAUUUUUCUUGUUCUGAAUGUGUGGAGAUAGAAAAGACCAGCUUUUCGCAAGAACAGUCCUGUGAUUCUGCAGGAGAAGGCUCAGAGAAAAUCCACCAGGAUUCAGAAUCUGGAGAUGAACUCAGUAGCAGUUCCACAGAACAAGUACAGGUAAGAUGAGAUGCAUCACAGUCAAAUUUGAACUAUUUUGUGUCUUAAAAAAAGGUAUGAAGUAACAAUUUAGCAAGAAGUUUGUUUAUGUACACAAACUUUUUAUACUAAAUGUAUAAGAACUAAGCUUACUCAGCUACUGUGUGUUAGAAUAGUGAGAGCAUACUUAAUAUUUCUCUGGUGACACUCACCAGGUGGUUUGUUUUUGUGCAGUUAUCCAUUGAUUUGCCAUUUUUCAGAAAUUAACCCUUCUUUGAAGGGUUCAUUAAGCAUGAGAAGGAUGAUGGAAAGGAUUGGAUCAGUUUAGCCUGUUAUGGUCAACGUACGUAUCCUCUUGCAGAAGUUCUUAUUAAAUAGAUAGAAAUUUCAAAUGGCCAAUAGAGUGGAAAGCUUUUCAUAUUCUGUAGCGCAUCUGGGUGGUCAGUGCUCGACACUGGGUUAGACAUGCCAUUUUUAUUCACAGAGGUUGUGGUAGUUCUUAUCAGCUUAUUUUUAGGAGUCCCUGAGCUGUACUACUACAACAACUGUAGUACAGAUGCAUUCCAUGGAUGCUAGUUGUUUCAUGUCAUCCUUGUUAUUUUUUGAUGUAGCAGCCAUCAGUGAUGAUUGAUACUCCUUGAGUUGAUAAUUGCCUAUGAGGGUUUUGAUAAAUUGAUGUGCCCUGAACAGUGAACAUAAUCUUCAUAGCACUUAUUAUGUUAUUAAUCCAAAUUAGCUGACAACCAUCACAUAUACCACUUUCACAUUUUUUUAAAAAAGUAUUUAUUUAUUACUCAUCCUUCACCCUAAGGUCCCAGAACUGGUUACAACAUUAAAAACACAAUAUUAAUACAACUUAAAACCUCAAAAAUAAGGGGUGUUCUCAAAAUGUACCCCUCAAGUGUCAAAAGCUAGGGUAAAGAGAUUAAUCUUCAACGUCCGUCAGCUGUGUAAUGAAGUUGAAAGAUGUGCCUUUGUGGGGCGGCAGUUUCACAGCUUAGGGCUGCCACAGAGAAUGCAGUCUCCCAGGCUUCCACCCCCUGAACUUCCAAGGGCGGAGAAACUACCAAUAAGGCUCCCUCUGCCCAUCUCAGCACUCCAGGUUGUGUUUCGGUUAGUUGGGGCCUGAGUCAUUUAAGACUUUAAAUCAGGGGUCAGCAAACUUUUUCAGGAGGGGGCCGGUCCACUGUUCCUCAGACUUUGUGGGGGGCCGGACCCACCCUCUCCCGAAAGGACCCCCCUGCCACCACUCACGCCACAGCCGCUGACGCUGCCUCAUCUUCUGCAGCGUCGUCGCCGUCCUCUGCCUCAGCCAGGGGUCUGUGGGGUGCAGAGCCCAUGCCGCUGGCCUGGGCAGUGGAGGCAGACUCUGCUACUGCCGCUUCCGCUCAGCUCUUGGCCAUACACGGCCGCCUCAGUGGGAAGGAAGGGGUGUCGCCCAGAGGCAUCCAUGGCUUUGGAUUGGCUGCAGGAGCUUCGUGCAGCCAAUCCGAAGCCGUGCCAGCGUUGCGGAAGUCAGUCUCUGCACGGUGAGGCCUCCGCUCCGCACUGGUUUAGUGCGGGGACUGACUGAGCAGGUAGCAGGGUCCACGGGCUGGAUUUACGAGCCUGGUGGGCCGCACCCGGCCCCUGGGCUGUAGUUUGCCAACCCCUGCUUUAAACACUAAUGUGAGCAUAUUGACUUGGGCCCGGAAACAAACUGGCAACGGGUGUAGCUAUUUUAAAACAGUGAAGCCCCAGACUGAUUGAGUUUUCUGAAUCACCUUCAAGGAAAUCCCCACAUAGAGUGCAUUAAAGCAAUCCAAUCUGGAAGUUACCAAAGCAUGGAACAUAGUGACCAAGUUAUCUCUAUCCAAAUGGGGUUGUAGCUGGUGAACCAGCUGGAGAAAAGGCACUCCUAGUCAUUGAAGGAGCCUGAGAAUCCAGUGACAAGUGUUGAAUCCAGGAACAUCCCCAAUUGCUCUUAUCAGCAUUUUUUAUUAGUGACUUUGGCUGAUGUUGGUAUUUCCAAAUAGAAGCACUAGGGAAACUGUACUGAACAAGUUUGAUAAAACUUACAAUCAGAAUGCAGGAGUUAUACAGAUGUCCUGUAUGAAAACCACCAACUCCCUGUGGACUGACCCAAUGCAAUUCAAGAAGACCUGUUAUAUGCAAUACAGUAUGUAACAAAUGAAAAGUGCAAACAGGUCAAACAAAGUAUGGCAAGCAGUUCUUCUUGAACAACACUCACUUGUAGAGCCAGUUUGCAGUCUGGAUAAGGCUUUUGGACCUAAUUUUACUACUGGGUACUCAGGUGUCAGCUAUAUAUCCAUGCUGCUUGGGGGUGGGGAAGCGUCUAGCCUCAGAAUGCUCUCUCUCAUUCUCACUAGGCAAGAAACAGAUCUGUCACAGUCUUAGACAAUAGUCUUAGAAAUUUAAAACUGUAACAUUACAAAAUGGGUGUAAUAUUUUAUCUAGUUAUGAUGCCCACAAGCUAUGUUACUUUCAACAUAGCCAUGAGUGGUGAAAAGCUGUCAUAGCAAUUAGACAUCAACAUUAUUUUAAUAAGCAAGAAAGACACCCUAUAUCCUAGUUCUUUGCCCUGCAGAAUGUAGCAAACUAUAAAUGUUGUAAUAAUGUGACUCUUCAGUUUGUAACUUCAGCAAAGUACAUUAAAAUUAUGAUUGGGAGAGUUUAGGUUCAGGAAAUCAAAUUACACCAAAACUGGACUGAACUUCAUCCCUGAGGAAAACCAGAACCAUUGAAUGAAAGUCUGUUGGAACUGAAAAUGGAAAGAAAAAUUCAGGCUAGUAGAUCAGAAUAAGAACAAGCAAACUUGUUUCCUCUGGAUCAAGCAGAUCUAGAGAUUUAAAUGCCUGCUAGAUUUUACUGAACUACCCUCCUGCUUUUUAAAAUCUUUCAAUAGUGACCAUUGUUUGGCAGAAAUCAGCUGGGUAGAAAUUAAGGUCUUUGCAAGCUGUUCUUAUGACUGUUUGUUGCCAGAACAUGAAGUUCCAGGCUGCGUAUGGUUACCUUGAAAACAAGUGUUAAGCUAAGUGAGUGUUAGCACUAUACAGUGAAUGUGAGAUGUCAAUUGUCUUUAUGCCAGCUUAUGUGGAGGCCAAAGAGCGUUCUUUCUUCAUUGGAUCCUACUUUUAACAGGGUCUGCUGUCUGUGUCUUGCACAUUUUAAAGUCUGUAUAAAUGCAUUUUAGAAAAUAAAAGAAGUUUGUGUUUGUUCUACACAAGAGAGUCUGUGCAACAGCUUAUUGCGGGUUGUAGGAAUGCAUUCCAGUUUUCUUUGUUUGAACCUAUGAGAAGCCUCCUAUCAGUUUUACGGGGGGGAUGGGAUUGAAUUUUCAUUAAAUAGGUUGUGCAGCAGGGCAUAUACAUGCCUUCUGUUCCCAAUUUUGCGUGAUCUGUGUUAGAUUCUCACUGUAAACGUAGAAUACCCAAUGGCACAAGCAUACACAAGCUUCAAUUUAAAAAGUGAUACUAGAUUCAGUGUUUUUAAAAAAAUGACUAUGUUUCCUUUCUCCUCUUUUGGUGAAUGGUAACACCACAGGAUGUAUUCUCAUUUCACUCUGUUAUGUGACCUUAUGUUCCAAUGGAACUGCCUUUAUUGUGACUGUCAGCAGCUAUCUGUAUUUUUGUGGGAAGGAUGUGUAUGGCCUGCCUCUGCUUACUUGCUGUUGUGCGUGGUGGGAUUGAUUGCAACAGCCUUGUUUUCUGAUUGUGGGCACAGUUGCUUUCUUUUGGUCUCAGUUCCACAGCUGCAUAGGGGAUCCCUAAUAAACACUAUGCAUUUUGAAGACUUUUCUGCCACACAGACUCAUCUGAACUUUGGCAAGAUUAUUUUCUUCAUCAGUCCCCUAUCUUCAUAUAGGAAUUAAAAGUGACCAAUGCUUGCUGGUGUUUUGAAAGCAAGAAUUUUGCUGAUUGUUGUUAAUUGUCAAAUUAUUAAAUAAUCUAAAUCUAGUUUGCAUAACCAUUAAUUCAUGUAACAUGUACAUUGAAGCAAGCAGUGCUUAAUUUGGGGAAGGAAGAGAGUGUGAGGUGACCUUUAGGUGGCUCCUUAUUUGAAUAUACAGUAUAUAUAACCAAUGUUAAAUCUCUGUAGACAAAUUUUGGUUUAUCUGGCCUGUUGUUGUGGAUAGGACUCUCACAAUAAUGCAGUCAGCUUCCUGCCUUCUUGCCUCAUGCCUAUCAUGUUUGGUGAAAGCCAGUUGGGGGAAGGGUGUUGAUUAGAUAGGUCCAGGAUGUGGUGAAUGUGUCUUUACACAACAGAGUGGUGCAUUCUGCUCUUAAACAGGUGUGAAAGUGUGUUCACUCCUGAAGAAGCCCACCCUGAAUCCUAUGGUUUAUAACAACUACUGCCUGGUUGCAAAUACCCCAUUUUUGGGUAAGGGGAUAGAGAGAGUGGUGGUUGUGCAGUUCAUAGAAUCAUAGAGUUGGAAGAGACCACAAGGGCCAUCGAGUCCAACCCCCUGCCAAGCAGGAAACACCAUCAGAGCACUCCUGACAUAUGGUUGCAGGAGUUCAUGGAGAAUGCAGAUUAUCUAGAUCCAUAUCAGUCUGGGUUAAGGCGCAGUUUGGGACUGUCCUGAUGAAUGAACUACAUAACUUUUAAAAGACAUCUGAAGGCAGCCUUGUAUCAGGAAGUUUUUAAUGUUUGAUGCUUUAUCAUGUUUUAUAUAUUCUGUAAGCGACCCAGAAUGGCUGGGGAAAUUCAGCCAGAUGGGCGGGGUAUAAAUAAUAACAUUAUUAUUAUUAUUAUUAUUAUUUUAUUAUUAUGAGUGGGACGGGGGUGUGGGACUCUGCUUCUUUUUCUUGAUCUCUCUGUGGCUUUUGCUACCAUUGACUAUGGUAUUCCCUUUGGCAAGCUCUGUGAAAUGCGUAUUGGGGGUCCUGUUAGACAGUGGUUCCUGUCCUCCCUGUAGGGUUGAAUCUAGAGAGUAGCAUUGGGAGACUGUAUUUCAGCUAUGGUGUAUCUUAGUACUGUACAAUCUGACCUCUAGUGCUGUUUAAUACUUGUAUGCAGCCUCUGGAUGUGGUCAUUCAAAGUUUUUUUGGGGGGAAAGGGUCAUCAGUAUGCUGAUGGCACACAGUUCUACUUCUCUACAACAUCAGCGGCAGGAGAGGAUGUGCAUGAUCUGAACCAUUGUCUGGGUGCAGUUGGCUAGGGUUGGGGUUGUGCUCUUUGUCUCUGAAGUCCAAAUUACUGCCUAUAGCUAGUAAACCAGAUGUAGCCAUUCUUGGAAAUCAGUAGUGUGGUCACAGUGAUUGGCCACCUCAAGAUUCCAUUAUUGCCGUGUGCUCUAUGUUGGGCUAUCUUUGGGCCUGGUCCGACAGUUCCAGUUGGUGCAAAAUGGUGCAACAGCUGGACUGAUGAUGAGGACUGAUGAUUGCCAGCAGAUACCUGCAGUGAUCAAAAGCAUGCACUGACUCCCCAUAUGCUACUGGGCCAGGUUCAAGAUCCUUGUAUUUGCUUGGGUCUAGGAUAGCUUGGAGACUGGCCGCCAGAUCCCUUAUAUCCCUGCCCAAUCAAUGAGGUCUUCGUGGGAGUCACUGUUAGUGGCCUCCCAUGGCUCAGAUGCAUGGCUCAUAUCCACAAGAAGCUCCUUUCGCUGUUGAACAUACGGGGCUUCUGAAUUUAUUCCAGCAAGCUUUUUAACUGAAUUCUGAUUUUAUACCGUUAUACUCAUUUUUAGGCUUAUUGUAUUGGGUCUCCUGUACAUUACUAAGAGACAACCGUAAUUAAGUGGUAUAUACAUUGUUGAAAUAAAUAAAAAAUUAUAACACAAUAGGUAACAAUGAAAUUCUUUCUCCAACCUGCAGUGCAUGAGAUCUUAGGGGAGGGGAAAUUAGCUUCUGGACAUGCUUCGUGCCAGAGGAUGGACUUUUGGAUUUGUGGCCGCCUGUCCUUAUCAGUAGGGAUGGUGCAGAGGUCUUAAGAGGAAACUCUGGGCACUGUUGCACCCGGAAUGCUCUAGUCUCCCUUUUAAAACAUGUGCUUGCUUUGAGUAGAACUGUUAUGGUGACAUAUGCUCAUUAACUUUUAAAAUCUGUGUGAAGGUGCUCAGUGUAAUCUUUGUAUGUUGUGUACAGGAAGUUCAUGUCUGAUUUAAAUGCUUCCCAUACUUUGUCUCUAAUGUAUCAUUUAUAGAGAAGUUGCUAUAAGUAGCAAGUUGGGUUAAUAAUUACAAAUAUAGGCACUGACCUAUUUGCAAAGAUUGCUCUGUCUUUCAUCCUCUUUACUAAUUGACUAUUGCAUAAACUGUGAAGCACUAGAGGGAUUAUCACUAGGCUGUGUCUUGCUUUGAUGAAUCUUGUGUAGUAAUGAUCUUGCAAACAGACUCUCUCCUACCACUGCAGGUUUACCUUGAAAAUAUACACCUUGCUAAAAUCGGUAACACUGCAAACACACACCUGUAAGACAUAUUUAAAUAUCUCUUUUGAAUGACUGCCUCCCUCAAGUUCAGAUUAAGUGUAUUUAAAAUGUGUCUUUUGUCAACAUGGCUGAUCCCACACCCCCAAGCAGGCCUCUGGUGGUGGUGAAUUUUCUUUAUAUGCCAUCUUUCCUUCCAGUCAGGAGCAAAGGGUGGUAUACAGCGGCAGUAAAAUACAAUCAAGUCAAGAACACCACACUUUAAAAACCUCCCUACAUGCAACAGAACUUGACAUAAAACAACACUAGCAUAUUUCAACAGCUGGCUCCCCAGGGCAUUUAUCUCCUUAAAGCCCAAGUUCACUUUAGUUGACCCCAAAAGUGAGGGGAACACACAUGCUGCUUCAGGGACAGGGAGGGCUCCCUAAUUCCUGGACCAGAGAACCCCAUAUUCACAGGACCUCCAUCUUAUUCAGCUUUAGUUCAUUGGCCUGCACCAAACCAUCAUUCCCUCUGGACACUGGUCCCCUACCUGCACAACCUCUUCAGAUGGGAUGGAGGGGUAGAGCUAAUUGUCAUCUAUAUACUAAUAGCACUGUGCUCUAAAUCCCCAGAUGACAGCUCCUAGUGGUUUCAUAUAAAUCAAGAAUAGGGAACUUAUGGCCCUCCUGAUGUUGUUGGACUCCACCUCCCAUCAGCCCCAGCCAGCAUGGCCGAAGGUCCAGGAUGAUGAGAGUUAUCCAUCAACAUUUGCAGGGCCUCAGGUUCUUCAUCCCUCAUACAGAUUUUAAAUGUCACUUUUGGUGGGGGGGUUGGACAGGAUGGAACCCUACAGGAACAUAAAGACACAUCUAGUCCAGCAUCCUCUUCUGACAGUGACCAAUGAGAUCCCCAUCAGAAGCAGCCCACAAGCAGGAAAUGAGUACACUAGCAUUCUCGCCACUUGUGUUUCCCAGCAAGCAGUAUACAGAGGAAUACUGCCUCCCAUAGCAAUGGUAGAACACAGGCAUCAUGCCUAGUCCCAUCCUUUGUGAAUUUGUCUAACCUUUGAAAGCCUUCAGGGUUGGUAGGCAUCACUGCAUUUUGUGGGAGCAAAUUCAAGAGUUCAUUUUAUGUACUUCCUUUUGUCUGUCCUCAAUCUUCCAACAUUCAGCUUAAUUUGAUGGGUACAGGUUCUAGUAGCAUAAGAGGAGAAAAAUGUCUUUCUCUCUGCAUAAUCUUACACAGCCUGUAUCAUAUCUCCUUUUACCUUUCUUAAUGGUCCUCAAAGGGUAUUGACCUAUUAUGAUAAACAGUAUAUUUUUGUUCCUAUGUCACUUGCUGGAUAAACCCUUUCCUAUAUUUGAAAUAUGGACAUGGUCCGUCCUAUUUGUUCUAUGAGCCAACAAGAUUGGUAAUUAUGUUCAAACCUGUUGAUGCUAAUACAUGGCUUCAAGGAACUGAGUUAAGCACCAUCCUUUAUGUUGUACCAAGUGGCAGAUGGUAGUCCCUUUCUGUCACAAAUAAUAUUAUGCAUCAGAAUGAUGGAUUUGAAAGCAUAGAGAUUCCAUAUCUCAUUACUUAUCCUUGAUUCUCAGUUGCACUCUUUAUUCUUUGUUCCAUUUUAUUAAUCUGGCAUUUUUGUUCUUCUACAAAAGGAAAGAAAAUAAAAAUAAACAAGAUGGAGGGGGAGGGGAUGGAGAGAAGACACUCCAUUUGGUUGCAACCAAAACAAAAUGGGAGUGAAGUUCUCUGGUUAAAUCUAGCUUAAAAUUGUUUUUUAAUGAACAAAAUGUUAACUUGAUGCUACAUGAAAGAACUGUUUUAUAUGCAUAAUGACUCAUAGGUUGCUUUUGAAGGUUCAACUGGAAUUCAGGCUAGAUAAAAGUCUGCCCACCAAUAUGUCAUGUAUGUUUUUGAAUCUAUUAGUUUUAGUUAAUAGUCAAAUUCUUAAGAAACACAUUAAGAUUUGCAGAUUAAAAUUAUUUGAUUUAAUCAUAGCAUCAUUUGAUACCUUGCAAGAAGAGUGGGGGAACUGGAUCUGGUCAGCAGGCCAAAUCCUUAUCUCCACACACUUCUGCAGGACAGGUAGGUGGGACUGUGCACCUGUCAAUCACCUGGUGUCACAGUGCUGUCAGAUGACCUGCUUUUGACCACAUGGUUUGAAAUCAAAGUGCGUCAGCAAAAAUGUGUGUGCAGGGCUUCCCAAAGCCCAACAAUCAGCUGAUAAUUGGCACUUGGGAUGUGAUGUGUAAGGUGCUUUACAAGCACCGUUGAUCAGCGGUUCUUGCAAAGUCCCUUUUGUGCAAGCUCUACCUUUACACCAGAUAUGACAUUAGGUGUAGGGCAUGUGGGUGUGGCUUGGAUGAAUCAGCUUUAUGGGCCAAAUGAACUAAAUCAGUCUUGCAGGGCUGGAAAUGCCCCGUCUCUGCCUCACAGCAGCAUAAAGAACUAAGACUCUUAAUUCUUCUGUAGGCUAUCAUUCAUUCUCAUUAGUAGAUGACUUGAAUCUCAUUUAGUUUUCUGUUGUGUGACACAAAUUUUAAGCUAGGAUAAAUAUGUGCUUAGGAAAGCAGCUAAUACAUGUUAACUAACUCACUGAAGUUAAGCUGUGGGAAAUGAGGAAGGGGAUUUCUUUAAUUUUUUGCUGGGAACAGCUGUGUGAACUAUGGUUUAAUGGAAAAAAAGCUGGUGCACAUUGCAAGCCUUGACAUGUAUAUAUCAUAGAAUCAUGGAAUUGUAGAAUUGGAAGGGACCAUGAGGAUCAUCUAGUACAGCCCAUAUAUAUGGUGCUAUUUUAAAAAAGGGAAGAAAAGAAAAGAAAAAAGUUUGUAUCCCAAGAUAAAUCUCAAGUGUUAAGUGAAGCACAAACCAUUUUUGUGUGAACUUGUUAGUGAGUGCAAUUAGAGGCAUUGUUUUCCUAGUAUAUUAUCAAUGUAGGCAUCCCUGUUUCCUAAAUGUUUUGCUUGUAAUUUCUUAUAGCGUAAAUAUCUGGUUGAGCUAACCUGAGAGAGAGAGUAAAAGCAGUGUGGUUUACAAAGCUUUUUCAAGAAAAGAAUGGUUUGAGAUGGGCUUUCUUAUAUUGGGGUGCAUUGCAUGGUUCCCCCCGAUACCAGACUUAAAUGUGUGUUACAUUUUCUAUUCAGACCUUCUUCCAAGGAGCUUAUCUAGCUUCUGUGUGAGAGGUAAUGCUAAAGGAGUAUGACUUCACCAUGUGUGAUAGUUACCCUUAUACAAUUUGCCCUUAUACAAUAGUUUACUAGGUACCCUAACCAUUUUAGUCUCUAUUUGUUGGUUAGAAUAUGGUAGCCCAUACAUGCUUUGUUCCAGACAGCGAAACCUUGGGAGCUUAUGAAAACAGAAUCUGUUUGAUUUCAGCUGCUUUAAGUGGCCAAAUAUGAUAUUGAGGCUAGAGGUGCAUUGCAAAUUGCUGACAUCCACAGAUUACUUUUAUUGUGGCUAGCCAGAUGACAUGAUCGUGGCGCCUUUAAGACACUGAACACUGAAAGCUUCUCUUGGUAUCACUGUUAUUAAAACACUUUAUCAAAGGUGGCCUGUUGAUUUUAUGUAAGAGUCCAAGGAGCAGACUUCUUGAACUUUGGCUUUCUACAUGCUAAACAGAUUAUUUCUACUUUAUUCAUGGUGGAUUGCUUCUGCUGCGUAUGCUCUCUGUAGGCAGCAUUUGUUGUUUUCUGUAUUCAGAAGAAUAUUUUGGCUCAACAAUAAGCAAAUGAAGAAUGAAGAUGUGGCAACACUAGACAUGCAAAGCAUCCAAGUAAGUCUGUGGACUAAGUUUUCUUUUUUUAAACUUCCUGUUCUGGCUCAGCAGGUUGCUGAAAUGGAGGUUUUUAUAUGUGCACAUGUGGAAUUAGUAUUAACCAUGGUAUUAACCAUCUGCAUUAAUGUAAAAAUGUUUUGCUAAUAACUUAAGGAGAAUGGCAAGAGGUGGUCCUGUACGUAUUACAGUAAUAUUUGAGAUACUGACGUAACUUUGCCUACAUUUGAGGAGUUAACAAGUGUGUGAAAUAACCAAGAGACACACGGAGUAAUUACUGAGAAAAGCCACCCCAACUUUUUCUUCUAAAGGACACACAGAUAUUUUGGCUCUUUGUAGUUUACAUUAUUUUAAGAGAAAGAAGGCAAAAUACUAAUGUUAAGAACUGUUACAUUUUUAUAGUUGUAUAAAAUGUCAUAAGCAAAUGGUAAAUUGUGCCUCCUUGUUCUUUUGUACUGGGUUCAUUGGUAUCCCGCUAUCACUUCCAGCAUUGGCAUGUUUUUUGUCCAAUGUAGACAGCCCUUUUCCUAUCUAAAUAGCUAUUGUGGUGUCAUUAGAAUUUCUGUUGUUUGCAUACUUUAUAUCUGGCAGAUUACUUUUCUUUUGGCCUUUUCAUAAUGUGUUAAUAGUUUUCCUCAGUAUUACUCAGUGCUGUGAUAGGUGGCCUUCAACUCUUUUUGAAGUACCGUAUUUUUCGCCCUAUAGGACGCACUUUUUCCCCUCCAAAAAUGAAGGGGAAAUGUGUGUGCGUCCUAUGGGGCGAAUGCAGGCUUUCGCUGAAGCCUGGAGAGCAAGAGGCGUUGGUGCGCACCGACACCUCUCGCUCUCCAGGCUCCACGAAGCUACCCGCAAGCCUUGCGCACCCGGGGGAGCAGCCUGCAGCGCGGAGCACGGGGCGCCCUUCGGAGGACGCCCCGUGCUUUGCGCAGGUCUCCGCAGCCUGCCGCCCGGCGCGUGGGGCGCCCUGAAGCAGAGCGCCCCUCGCGCCGGGCAGACAUCGGCCAGCCCCACAAGCUCGGGGGACAGCGGGGAGGCGCAGUGCCGCCAUCCCACUGUUCCCCGACCUGGUUUUGGGGGGGGAAAUAAAGGAAAAAAAAAUUUCUUUUCUUUCCCCCCCAAAAAAGUAGGUGCGUCCUAUGGGACGAAAAAUACGGUAAGUAUUAUAAACAAUUUGCCAAUUCCUUCGUUCAUUUCCAUUGAUGGUGGUCUGGGUGUUGUGUGUUAAGCGAGUUUGGCAAUUGUAGCAUCUCAGAAAUGGGAAGUGUGGAAGGAGACGAGAAACAAGCCAGAAUGCAUAAUUCAGGCUUCAAAUAAACAUUGAAGACAAGAACAAUAAUAAGUUACUGGAAGUGGCAGAUAACCCCUCUAAUGCCGGAAUCUGAUUUAGGCAUAGCUUGGUUGAAUAAGCAACAGAUUUGUGAACAGAGUACAGUUAAAAAAUAUACAUAGGAAAACCAUCUAGUGAUAGAUGACAGUUGACAAAAAUAAAAGUAAAGAAAUGCCAUACUGCUUCAUCUGAUGCAUUUUUUCCAGCCUUAUAUUGUUCAAUUUAGCCAUUUCAGCAUAUUCCCGCAUUUUCCUAAUCCAUUCAUCUGUCUCUGGUUUGUUUUUUUUUAGCGUUUCAAUACUUUGCAAAGAAUAAUCAGGCAGCUGUUAGCAUGUGACUGAAUAGUUCUGAAUGUUCUCCUUUUAACGUAUAUAUCAAUAGUAAUAGUUGAUCUAGGCUUAGAUAUUUUAGUAUUUUUUAAUAAUUAUAUUUGCUUUAUUGCAAAAUUAAUUUGUGGCAAACCAUGAAUUUCUAUAUUUUGCUUGCGUUGUUGGGAAUGAGCAUAGUUAGAGCUAUGCUGAUACAAAUGAAAUCCAUGUUCUUCCUGCCGAACACAAAUCAAUUAGAUUAGUCCUCUGUAGGUAAGAUAAAGGGCAUAUGAAGGAGGGGAACCUAGAUUAAAUGGAACAUUUUUUUAAAGAACAGACUAGGUUGAUAAAAAGCUUUAUAACCAGGGAUGGUUUAUAUCUGAUUUUGUAUUCCUUUAUAAUGUUUACAGAUGUUUUAAGACACCAUAAUUUUGUUUGUUUUUAAAUAGAAAUAGCAUAGUUUAAGAUGAAAAAAUGUAUUUAAAAUUUAGACUCAUAUUCCUGUUAUUCCUCUUUUUGUUUUGUUACGGUAGUACUAUAUUCAUCUUAAAAACAAACCCAAAAUCUGCCUUUUGAGAUGGAGCAUCAUUAAUGCGAACAACAGGCAAUGCCCCCUAUUAUUAUAGGCUUUUUCACCCUUUGUUACUCCAGGGUACACCAUGUUAUAAGUUACCAGAAUCAACCACUGUGGGGGACCUGUAUGAUCUUACUCACCCAGAUUAUAUUAACAGAGUAUUUGAGCUCUAUGCUAAAUUUAGUUUCCAAAUGAAGGAUAUUUAUGACUCUGCCUGCCAAUUAAAGAUGGAUAUUUGUUCUCCAUCUCAUGCCAAAGCCUUAAUCUACCCCGUAACUACUAACUCAUGCUUCUGGACAGGUUGGGCAUGUAGGUUUGCUGUAGACUUAAUAAUUGGUCUAUUUACAUGUGGCUAGAUUAAGCGACCUGUUCCUUAUUUGGGGAUUCCUUUCCAUUUAGCUUCAGAACUAAGUAGUUUGCAGUGCUUGAAAAAAAUUGCACCAGAGUUGCAAAUUUAUAAAAAUUAGGGGGAAAUGCUUGAGUGAGAGCAGGGAAGUACAGAAGCCCACAGUUUUCAAACUAUGAUUAUGAGACUGGGUUCUAUCUGCAGCCUGGAUAUGGUCUGAAGGCAUAUGAGACAAUCACAUUGUUGAAGCUAAGCAGGUGUGAGGUCUUUUUGGAUGGGUAGAGCACUUGGAAUCCACAUGUGUAAACUGCUUGGUAGAAUAAAAAUGUAGCUAAAAUAUUUAGUCAUAUAAAUAUGCAGAUUGUCCACAGAAUGUUGCAUGGCUUAGAAUUAGCUGGACUAUGUAGUUGCUAGUAACUCAUUGCCUUCACCCAAAACUCUGCAUUUGCCGUGGAAUUUUGGGGAAAGUGCUGCUUCUCUGAUUCCAAAACUCAGCAGUGUGGCUGUAGAAAUUUCAUCUCCCUUAUAUUUGGGGACCAGGGACUUCUUUCAGCUAACUGGUGAUACAUGUUCCUCAUGUACAGAUUCUGUAGGAAAGACAUAUUCAGUUUGAAUGCUAGAGGAAUACCAUGGGAUGAGUCCACAGAAAGCAAAUUCCACAGUAUUUCUAUAGCAUUUAAAGGACACUAGUUGUAUAUCACUGUGGAUAUGACUGAACCAAAGUUUAGAACAUAGUAGGUCCUUUGUCUUCAGUAGGAAAAUUAAUUGUGUGAUUAACAUCUUGGCUAGAUUAGAGCUGUUGUUUUGAUGGCUGUAGGAAGCAUUUAAAUUCACUUUUGUUUUGAAUGACAAAAUAGGAAACUUGAUUUCAAUGAAUGAUCUGUCUAUCUUUUCUCUUACUGAGUCACUAAUACUUUUAAAAUGAGUCAAACCUAGCUUGAGUUGCAAGAGUAGCUAUGCUUCUAGUUUUUGUAAAUUUCCCUUUUCUGGUAAACCUAAGCAUUAUUUUAUGUUCCAUCUUUUGAUUCCAUCUUUUUUGGCUGCCCUCUGUGAAAUUUGACACCCACCCUGUAACCUUCUAAAAGUUGGUUAAGCGAUGCUUUGGGAAGGAGGAGUAAGGGCCCUGACUUGGCUAUAGAGUUCUCCUGCCUUCUUCCAGAGCCUAGUUAGUCCUUUUCCUGCUUUGUGAAGGAAGUGGGAGGGCUCGAGGACCCUGCCAGAGCCCCACCCCUCCUUCUCAAAGCCCUAUGCCUCACUUAGCUGGGUUUGGGAAGGCAGCAUGAGAGUAUGAAGGGGGACAUCAAAUUUUGGCCUCCCAUUCCUCCCCGGUGCAACAAGACUCUGUGCAGCUCAUGCGUUCCAUGUCAAAGUACUCUUGCAGCCCACUUAGUAAGAAAAGUUAGAUCGCCCUGGUACAGAGGAACAAAUUUCCUGCAUCCCUUCAGCAAUGCUUGAUCUGUUUGUGUUAUUAUACAGUGUGUGUGUGUGUGUGCGCGCGCACGCACAUGUGAUUUAAAAAUGAAUUUUAGGACAAUCACUCAAGAACGCAGGGAUUAAUAGCUUUAGGAUUCAAAACUAAAGAUCAGUUCAGGGAAAAGCGGGAGUCUUAAUAGGUAAUUAUAAUCUUUAGAAAACCUAAAGCUGUAUUUAUUUUUAAGAAGACUUUAGAAUACCGUUGUGUCUGCAUUACAUACCAGUCUACCUGAGAUAAGUUAUCUGAAUAGAUAUAUUUGAGGAUUUUAUUUUGAGCUGUAUUUUCCAGAUAGUAAACAUUUCUGUACAUUUUCUAUAAAGCAUAAUAUAUUCAUGUUUUAUUCCCAAAUAAGCUACAACUGUUUCAUGUGCUCUUACAAACUUGGUGAAUGCAAAAACUUGCAGGUGAAAAGUUAAGGUAUAGGGAUUUUAUUAUUGUGCAUAACAUAAUACUAUUUAGAAUUUGAAUGCAACACUAGAAAACACCGUAGUUCCCAACCUCACAAUGUGUACGUUGUGCAAACUAGUGCAGCUCAAACUUUGCACUGGUGGGAAGUUUAGGUCCUCUUUUUGUUGAGGCUUAGUAAUGGCAGCUGUUAUUGAAAGCACAGUUCAGAUUAGCAAACCCUGCAGGAGGGGUACUUCAGGUCCACUGUAAUCACUGCAGGGCUGUAAAUGUUGGGGCAAACGGCCAAGUUCUUCAUGUCCCUCUGUGUAACUCAAUCGGAAUUUUAAAAAGCACAAGUUCUAUACUUAAGUUUGGUUAUUUUUGUAGGGAAUGUGUAAUUAGUAGAAAUAAUGAGUGGUGAAGGGAGGAGGUUGCUAUUCUUGUGAAAACAAAGGAUUUGGGUAAUGAAACCUAUUAACGUGCCUAAAAGUUGAUACACAGAUUUUGAUAGUCUUUUUACAGGUUGGUACAGUAUGCUGCUGAGUAACCGCUGUAGUUUAGUAGUGUUUCAAGUAAUCCAUCUUCAGGCAACACAAUAGCCUGUGCAGGACUGCCCAAUGCAUUUUGCUGCUGGAGGUACAGCAGCACAUAGCAGGUGCCUUUCUUCCAGCAAUCAAAGUGUAUCGUGUGCGUCUGAUUACAAGUGGUGGGGAAGCACAGGUGGGGAGAGUGCUAUUGUGCUCACCUCCAGCUUGUGAGUUUGCAUCAUCAUCAUUUUUUAUUUGUGUACCGUCUUUCUAUCUUACAAUACUUAAGGCGGUUUACAAGCUGAAGAAACAAAAAAUGUACAACUUAUAACAAUCUAAUGCAAUACAAAAAUGUGAUAAUAAAACAAAACUUUAAAAUAAGCAACCUACAUCAAAAAGUAACAUUCAAUAAUUAUUAGAAUAGUACAAAAUAAUAAUAUCUACAUAUAAAAGUUAAACAGAAAUCCACUCAACAGUUACAAUAAAUAAUUUCUAAACUAUAAUCAAUAAAACAAUGGCAAGCCACAGUACAUAAAAUAAUACAAUACAAAUGGAGAAGCAGAGACUAGAGGGUGGGGCAAGGCAGGUGGAAGGAGGCCUUGCCUGACGAAGUCUCUCCCCUCACAGUUCUUCCUCCAGGCACACCUUCCUUAGGAGGAGCCCCAGGAGGAGUUCGCACAGGGAUCUGGUGAGAACAGGAUGCUGGACUAGAUGAGCCUUUGGUCUGAACCAGCAGGGCUUUUCUCAAAUGCAUAUGUUACCCAAGAUCAGCCAAGUUCUUAUGGCACUUGAGGGAGAAGUUUCCACAAGCAUUUUCCUCCCUCCCUCCCUGGCAGUGAAAAUACAACAAUAAUACAUGCAACAAAGAACAGCUUGCUACCUUUUCAUGAUACACCAGCCAGGUGAGGUGGUGGCCUCUUUUCUGCCUAAUAAUAGGGCUUAUCUAAGUACCUUUAUACUAAAUUUCCAACUAGAAAUAUUGGCAAUGAAGUUUCAAAAGCAUAAUGAUUCUCCUGUGUUAUAAUAAAAAACUGCUCCUUUUCCCUUAUGGAGUAUCCAAGAGCCCCUAUAGAUUCCUUAAGUUGGUUUUCUAUCGGUAGGAGAAAAUAACAGGCCAACCAGAGAAUAUUGAGAAGCAAAGCAGCUAUUAAGCCUGAUCUUCAUUAAACUGUUGCAAUAGGGUGCUCACUCACCACACGUAGGAGGAUGGAGGAACCCAGAACAAUGGUGUGCAAGCCCUUAUAUAGACUUUUGAAACUGCCCACCCUGUAGCUCAAGACCACCCCCCAAAACAUUAGACAUACAUCGCAGAAGGAGGUGGUCUACAACAGAAAUCCUGUCUGCCAGGAUACCUGACAAUAGCCAGUGAUUGCUUACUUGGGCAGCCCGGCCACUCUUUUGUGAUGGUAAAUACUUUAAUUCCUGAAUCCAGGUCACAGGCUCACCCUUUUCAUACACAGAGGUGCCCCAAAGACAAGUAAGCAAAAGACAAUGGAGAGGCUUUCCCAUUUCCUUCCUCCUUUAGAGAAACAUUUGAGGUCAAUUUGGGAGAGUCAAGAUGGUUUCAGGAUUGCUCUCCUGUACAAUUUCAGACACGUGGUUUAUAUACUUACAUAUGUGUUUGCCUUGUAAAUUUAUGAACAUUUAAUUUAUUUGAGACCUUAAAUUCUUGUAACACCUCUGUGGUGCUUUAGCACCCAAAAACUCCUGAACAACUAACUGUAAAUCAUUUGCUGCCUUUUUCCUAAAGAAGUCCAAAGGAAGAGAUAAACUGUAGAAUUCAAGCAGGAUGUGGUCACUGACAAAAUUUUGGACAGGAAACUGUCAGCUUUCAGCAAACCACCAGAAUUACUGUUUGUGAAGCUUAAGAAUUCGCUACUAAGAUCUGUUCUCUCUCCAGUAUUUUCCUCAUUUCAUUACUGUGCUGAAGGGCAUUGGCGGAGGAAGAAGGGUUCACGGGGAGUGCACCGCCCCCGGCAGCGCAAUCCCGGUGGGGUGCCAUCGUAGGUGACCCCCACCUGCGCUGGGUGCCAUGCCCCCGGGAGGCGUGCCAGCCACGCCCCCACCUGCUCUCCACCCACCCCCCGGUGCCAGAGCAUGAAGCUCCACCACUGCUGAAGGGUCAAAAUUUUAAAGGUCUUUGAUGACUAAAAAGGCACUAGCAAGUAAUUUCCCACUACAGUGGUACCUCUGGUUACAGACGCUUCAGGUUACAGACUCUGCUAACCCAGAAAUAGUACCUCGGGUUAAGAACUUUGCUUCAGGAUGAGAACAGAAAUUGUGCUCCGGCGGUGCGGUAGCAGCGGGGGGCCCCAUUAGCUAAAGUGGUGCUUCAGGUUAAGAACAGUUUCAGGUUAAGAACGGACCUCCAGAAAGAAUUAAGUUCUUAACCCGAGGUACCACUGUAAAGCUUCCUUUAAGGAAGUAACUAAUACUUUUUAUUUUUUAUUUUUUGCUGAAAUAAUAGACAGAUCAGAUCAAUUGGAUGGGGAAAUAUCCUUAAGGCUGGAAUGUGUAAUUUGGAUAUUUUUCUGCAACACAUUUGAAUGCUGAAGUUUUUUCGUCGCAAUUUGCUACUUGAUAGUAUGCAGAGAUCCCAUGCAUUUUCAGUGAGAAUUUGUAUUUUGUAAGCCCUUUAAUGAGUUGCCGUGCUGCUUUAUUAUCCUAUUACAGUUUUUAAAUGAGAAUGUUCUCCAAAGAGUUGCUGUUCUAGCUGAUCCUCUGAAUGCUGAGUGUGGUUUUAUAAUUGAGCCACGUGAAUGUGUGUGAAUGUUAAGGUACCCAAUAAUUGCUUUGUCAGCUAUAAACUAUUCUUGCCGUCUCAGCUAUGGGGCACUGUUGGUUGAGGCAUUUCCUUACUGAUGAGGGCUAAAGGAUCGAUGAUGCACAGCAUUUUAUUAUUAGUAAAGUGACUUUACACUAAGCCCUCACAAGAUGUUUGCUUAUAUCUGUUUGUUUUAAAUGAUAAAAUACAAAGUGACUCAUUUUAGCAAAUCCGAUGACGUGGUUCUGUAAAAUACUGCUGCUGAGGAAGCUAGUGACUUUAAAAUAGAGGCUGUGAUUAGUUUGUUUGCUUAUUUUUCAUACUUAUAGCCCACCCUUCUCUAAAUGCCCCUAGGGCAGCUUACAAAAAGCAACACAAUUAAAGUAAGUUCAAUAUACAUACAAAUAAAAAUAAAACCACAAAAACAACCAUUAGAUGAGUGGUCAGGGGUUUCACACAACCACCUUUAAUUACCCUUACAUUUCUUGGCUAAUUAGACUAAAUGAUCCUUAGUCUUCACUGUAUAUAUUUGAUUCACUGACCUUUAUAUUUUACAGCAGGGGUGGGGAACCAAUUUAACAAUUGAGCACACAUAAGUAUAACAUCAAUUAUUAUAUAAUGUAUGGAAUUACUAUAAAACAAUCUUACUAGUUUGGCAUCAAGUAUAGCAGUACCUUCAGUUCUGUACAGAAUUGAACCUGGAACCAUCUGCACGCACAGCAUCAUCUCUACUAGUGAGUUAUGAUAAUUUCACCCUGUGACUAGAGUCUUCAGAGAAGGCUGGAGUCAAGUGCUGUUGGGGCAGCAAGAUGCUAAACACAAACUAGGAGAAACCCACUUAGUCUCUUGCUUAGAAUGUCUUCAUGGCUGGACACAUCAUGCCCAGAGGGAGAGGGAGAAUGUUGCUAGAAUGGUUUCUGUUUGGGAGGCAUUUUAAUUAGAUUAAAGUCUUAAUUGGCUGAUGCUUGCAGCUUAGCAUAAUGCAUAUGAAAUAUUUUAAAUCAUGCAGAUUGGCUUGUGUUUAAAAGAUGAACCAGACAUUAGUCUUAAUAUGUUUCUCAUGAUACUGCCUUCUCCAUUAGGAUGAGAAAAGUUGUGCCCGUAAAUCAAAUAAAGUAUUUUUGUAGGAACUGAAGCAUGUCUUGAAAUUCAUUGAGCUAUCCUACUGUGAGUAAGGCUAGGGGCUGCUCUUUCAGAGGUUUCACACUGGAAGAGGAGGCUCCACUUCCUUCUGAGCGUUUGGUGACUGUAGGGCGUACUUGGAUCUGUCAGGCUUUCCCUAAACCUCUGGAUAAGGUAGUGCAAGAUUUUCUUACUUUGAAACUUCUUACCCUAAGAUGUUUAAACAAAAAUAUAGUAAGUAUUCCUGUGACUUCGUUUGUAUUAGUUGAAAUGGGACCAAGAUGCAAGGAUUUGUUUUCUCCUACUCUCUUCCUUUGUGAUUCUUUUUAUAUUCAUGGAUAGAUAUGAUUGGGGUUUCUUUCUGGGAGGUUCGCUUCAUAACCUGGUUCACACAUUGCCUUUAACCAUAGUUAAAAUAAACUUAACUUGGAUUCCACUGAUAGAUUUGUUUUUCUGUUUUUUGGUCAAACUAUGGCUCGUUUCCUGGCAGGACCAAGGGAGGGGUGAAACACCUGCGACUUCCAGUAGCAUACACCAGAACACUGCUAAUAAUAUUAAAUAAUUAAAUUAUGUUCAUUAAUUGUAAAAAAAGCUAUAAAAUGCAUUUUUAAAUCAUGUUAAACCAAAGUUAUUUAGGUAUGGUUUAAUAUGAUGUGUAAACUGGGCUAUUGUUUCACUUUCUCAAAGGACAGAAUAGAAAUUAAAUCUAUUCAGGUUUGCUUCAUCUUUUGCUAGAAUAGAAGAUUGAGGAAAAGCUAACUAGGUUAAACUGGUUUUGGUUCGUUAGCUCUACAUCACUAAAUAUCAUCGUGUGUGUGUGUGUGUGUGUGUGUGUUUGUGUAACUUCUGUGUUUUGUGUAGCAUUAUGUGAAGGAAUGAAGCACCACAGAAGACUGGCCCCAUAUUGCUCAGGAGUAAAUGGUGUAUUAAGUGGUCCAGGUUUGCUAAGAAAUGCAUUACAGAUAUUUCAAACAUCUGGGGUCCGCAGCAACACCAUUGGCCCAGAAGGGCUAAAAAAACAACCUCAAACUAAAAUUAUUUAAAGCACAUGGAGCAUAUAAAAAUAGGUGGUUUGGAAAGCAAUUAACAGAAUUAGUGUUCAGUUAAUAUACAGGUAUUGGGCGCCACAGUGACAUCUAGUGGGCAGUCUCUUGCUUGUUAAGAGUUUUUAAAGAAAUAGCGAAUUUGAAGUGUUUUGUUUGCUGUAUCAUUAGCAAGUUUUUCAACAUGUGCAGUCUAACUUAAAUAAAUCAGAUCCAAGUAUUAGGAAAAGUUUUGCUCAGUGAAUGGUUUGUUAGAACCUGAAUCUACAGAGUAGUUAAACCUACGUUGGUGCAGAUCCGAUCAGUAACCUGGAUGGAUGCCACUGGGAAUCCAAUUUAAGAGUAAUAUAUAAGUAUAAUAAUCAAAACAUAGAAGUUGAGUGUUCUUACGAUUGAUGAAAUGUAGGUAGUAUUUCAGAAUUUAGAAGUACCAGAUGACUUUGUGGGCUUGAUGGAGCUGAAAAUAUGUCGUGCCUUCUUGUUGGGCUUACUGUAGUGACUUAGACAGAGCUGUGUAAAUAAGAGUGGACAUACAAAUUGGUGUGGGAUACAUUUGGAAAUGGCUACUGGGCAUAAUGGUUAAUAAAUGAAUCUUGCUGUUCAGAAUUGGGGCCUUCCAGUUACUAGUGCUAAAGACAAAUAGGACAUUUCCUCUCUCAGAAACCUUUCUUUAUAAUUAAAUGUCCUGUGGAUAUUAUAUUUCCCUGUUGACAUUAGCAUGGUGUAGUAUCUUUUUCAAAGAACGAGCAAAUAUACUAGUUUGUUAAUGCAGCACAACCCUAUGCAUAUUUACUCAGCACUUACUCCCACUGAGUUCAAUGGGACUUAACCCCUGAUAGAUGUGUGUAGAAUUGCCACCUAAAAGAUAAAGCACUAGAGAUUAUAAUUUAAUUAGCCUAAAGACAUGCUCACUUUUAUGGUGUGUUUUUUUUUAUUUAGAACCAAGAAUAAACUCCAGCUGUGCUAAUUUCAACACUCAGAAGUUGUGCUGUAUCAGUGAACACACCUAACAUCUGCAUACAUGGAAAUUGUGAUUGCACAGUUCAAGGGACAUUGUGCUGAAGAGAGGGAGCUGUGGUAAAGGUUAAGAUAAAAUCUCCAGUUAACCACAUCCCUGGCUGUUAUGGUUGCUGCAGGCCUCUUGGGUGCGUCCUUAUGCAACCCCUAAUCUACCUGCUAUAAAACUUACAUAAAACGAUUAAGCUGAAAUGAAUAACCUGACAUAUUAAAUCUGCAUCCCAUGCUGGCCUAAUAUUGGCCACUAAUAUAAAACAUGCACAAAACAGACUCUGACUUUGGUAGAAACGGAACUGCUUUACAGAUCAUGGGUUUAUGCAAUUGCACUGCCUGAAAGUGUGUAACCUUUUUUCUUUUCUGAAGUUGUUGCUGAUUUCUUGUUGUCUGAUCUUGGGAUGUUUAGUGUCACUGGCUUUGGCCGCAAUAAACUUGAACUUGGCAAUUGCACUGCUUUGGUGUGGAAUAAAUAUGCAGCACUGUUCAACACUGUUUCCUCUGCAAGUAUUAAGCGAAAACAAAUAUCUAUAAGUGACAGAUAAGCAAAAUCUCACACCACCGGUAGGAACUAAAAACCCCUACUUCUGAUAUCUUGUGGUUCUGGGGAUUCAUUUAUAAUAAAGUGAUGAGUCAUGUACAAACUCCAAGAGCAUCCUUAACCAGCACCAUGCAAAGUUCAUUCUGUGGGUUGCAGCUUUUGUUGCACUGGAUAUUCCUUGGUACAGUGGAUUUAGGUGUGCCUAAGUUUAGAUUGGAUAUCUACUAGCUUGUAGUGUACAGCUGAUGAAAUGAACAGGGUUUUUUAUAGCAUAUUCUUCACAUUUUCAUAGAACCUUCUAUGACCGUGCAUGGUUUAUUAUGCUUCAAUUUUGCCUGAAAAAGAAGGAUGUUGAUUCCUGUAUGUUUUGAAUUCUUGGGAUAUACAGUGGUAGAAUCUUCUUUAAUUUUUGAGGGUAGGUGGGAGAAUUCUUCCUGUGAAACCUGUGGAGGUUUUUGAGCCUUUAUAGAGAACUAUUCCCUGUAUUAUAUUUGUCUUUGCCAUGUUUUUUAAACCCUUGACUUUGACUCCUGAAUUUGAAUUUGUGACCUUUGGAUGAAGAAUGAUGGAGAAUUUUGUUGAUGUCAUUGCUUGGCUAUUCACUGUACAUGUGUACAGUCAUUCCUCAUGUUACGGACGCUUCAGGUUACGUGUUUUCGGGUUAUGGACCACGGGAAACCCGGAAACCAGAAUGGGUUACUUCUGGGUUUUGGCGCAUGUGUAGAAGUGCUAAAUUGCUCUUUGCGCAUGUGCAGAAGUGCCGAAUCGUGCCAGCGCCUGCGCAAAUGCGGCACUUCAGGAUGCGAACGCUGCGGGUUGAGGAUGUGCCUCCAUCACGGAUUACAUCUGCAACCUGAGGUUCCACUGUAUAAAGUUAUAAUGAUCCUUCUGGCUCAAUUUCUGCUAUGACAAGUCUUCGAGAACCCCCCCCCCCCAAUAAUUCAUGUAGCAACUUACUCUGCACAAAGGCUAGUGGUGUUAGCCCUAGUGCUCUAGGCUAAGCUGUUGCAUUCCGUUUUUUCUCUUGUCCAAAACUUCAGCUCAAAGCAGACCAAUUCAGGACGAUGUGGGCAUCUUCAGAGCAUGCCAUGGAGCACCCAGCCCCUUCCAGUUUGCUUUUUUGAAAUUGAGUGACUAGUUUUGUUUGUUUUGAUUGAUUGAUUGAUUGAUUGAUUGAUUGGAGGGUCAUUUCCUUUGAGGUGGGGAGGGGUUGCCUUUUUCAUGGUUGUCAGUUUUGGUACAAGAGUGCUGCAUGUUGUUUUGAAGAAACCGUUCUGAGCAUUGGCUGGUUUUUCUUCUGUGAAAUGGAUAUUUUGUAGAUCUCCAAAUAAUGCCCCUGCACUCCAAAAGGAUGAAGGCCUCUGUCUAACACUAUUUAGAUAUAGUGUAUGUACUGCACUUGGAACCUUUGGGUUGAAGAGAAGAAUGCAGAUUUAACUAAAUCUCAGCCUCUUUAAAUCCAUUGGUUACCUUUUUCUUUUUUAGCAGCUUUAGUUUAUUUGGCUGUUAAGUGUUGUAAAAAUGUCUUGUGAUGAGAUAUUCUUUGGCGUUUAACACAUAUUCUGAUGUACACAUUUUGCUGCAAUGCUCUCAAUGUUACUAUCAUAAUAUUUUAAGUAAAAUGCAAUUUCUUUUGUUGCAGCCAAUCACACCACCAAGCCAAGGAAGGCCAGAUUCACCAGUUUAUGCUAAUUUACAAGAACUGAAAAUAUCUCAGUCUGCACUCCCACCUUUACCUACAAGCCCUCCAAUCCAAAUUAAUGGGGAAUGGGAGACCCACAAAGAUACUACAGGACGCUGUUACUAUUACAACAAAGGAACACAAGAGAGAACCUGGAAACCCCCACGUUUCACUCGGGAUCCAAGCAUAAGUAAAGCAGACUCUGUGAAUCAAGUAGAUCAAGAGGUAAGUUUAAUUGAUGCUAACAGCAUCCAGCAAUGGUGGACAAACUUCAGUUAAAGAAACCCAACCAACCAGUGGUUUUAAUUUCCCCACCUCAGUUAUGGAACCACUCAUUGAGCUUUUUGUUUUAGUUUAUUGAGGAGGAUAUCAGAGCCAAGUCUAAUCAAAUGGUCCUUGCUUAAAAGUCAUGCAACAGAAGCGCUUGACCCUAUUUUUUCCCCUUUAGGGAGCAUCCCAUCCUAGCCUGCAGUGGUGACACAUGUUUUCUCAGACCUUGUUCACAUGUUGUGGGAAACAAAUGGCUUACUGGGACUGCAUGAAUGCGUGGGUUCACAGUGAGGAGCUCCUAUCUGAGCUAAGCCAAAGUUUGGCUUAGUAUGUCAUCUGGAGAGAGAGGUUAAUCUCUCUUCUCACCAACCACCAUCUUGUCCACAGCUCCUGGUUAGCAAGGAAAGAACGGAACUGUUAGUUUUGGUUUGGAUGACACACUAAGCAAAACCUUAGCUUAGCUUUUCGCAAGAGAGGACUUAAAAAGACCCCAGAGGAUCAAAGCAACUGGGAUCUCUUCUGUGGGAGCACUCAUGUUUGCACAGUCCCAGUUAGUUAUAGUUUGGCUUACAGUGAUGUAUAAACUAAACCAUAAUGUAGUAAGAGCAGGGGAAAACCCUUCCCAGUUUUAUUGACGGUUACAUCUUUAACAUGUUAUUACUGCAAGAGCUUCUUGGUUUCCUUCUCCAUGGUCACUAUGACUUUGAAUUAGCUUCUUAUGUCUAGUAGUAUGUGUGGGUCUUUGCCAGAUACUCUAAAAGCAAUUUUUAGUGUUGUGACUGAUGUGUCUUAACAUUAGCAGAAAUAACAGAAGGCCUUAAUUCUAAUGAAAUGUGUCUGUGUGUCCAGUCAAUGUUUAUGGGCUUGUUGGCAGAGGAAAUAUUGACAGGCAUAUGGAAAGCAAAAGGGAAGAUGUGGAACUGAGAGAAAAGAUCUGUUAAUAGCUUGGGGGGAGGGGGAAUGUAAAAAGUAUAUUUAUUGUUUAGAGCAUUAUUACUUUUGUGUGUAUCCAUGUGUGUGAUACUUUUUCUUGCGCUUGUUUUAAGGUGGCAUACACUUGCCUUCCCCAGUUUUAUUGACUGACAUUUCUGCCUCUUCAUUGUUUGUUGGGUUGGAUUACUGGUAUGUCAUCUGAUAAUUUUAAAAUAAUUAAGCAUUUUUAGUUUUGUUACCUUAGAUUUAACAACAUUAACUGAUAUCUUAAACCUAAGUUAACAAAAUAAAGUUAUUGAGGGUCUUUAAUAAGAGAUGUGAUUCUCCUUGAAUUAGAUUUUAUGUAUUCAUUACACGUUUUUGGAGUGCUCAGAACAUCUUUCAAAAUGUUUCAGGGUUCAACUGGAUUUUUUUUUUUAAAUCCCUAAAAUUGAGAAUAAAUUAUAACCAUUUCACUAAGUAUCUGAUUUUUUUCCCCCUGAAAUGCCUUACCGGAUAUAGAUUUUUUUAAAAUUAAAAUGUAUUUAUAUGCUGCUUUUACAUCAUUGUGCUCAAAGCGGCUCACAGAGUGAAGAAAUAUCAAUCUUUGUAUACAACAAAUGUACAAAUUUGUAAACAUUUCAUAAAUUGACAUUUGUGUAUACAUUAGCUAUAGUUAACAAACAAAAGUUUUUCCCCUAAACGUAUCAGUUAUUUUGAAAUCUAGAACAAUUAUCACAAAACAAAUACUUUUAGUUAUCAAACCUUUCAUUGAUUCAUAUAAUUAAAAAUAUAAAACAGCAAAAUGCAUAGAUAUCAAAAUACAGUGGUACCUCGCAAGAAGAAUGCCUCGCAAGACGAAAACUCGCAAGACGAAAGGGUUUUCGUUUUUUGAGUUGCUUCGGAAGACGAAUUUCCCUAUGGGCUUGCUUCGCAAGAUGAAAACGUCUUGCGAGUUUGUUUCCUUUUUUAAAAAACCGUUAAUACCCGUUAAAACCGUGCUUCACAAGACGAAAAAUUCGCAAGACGAAAAAACUCGCAGAACGAAUUAAUUUCGUCUUGCGAGGCACCACCGUAUUAAGCUUUUAAAUAAAUUACGUUCAUCUAUCAAAGCAGCAGCAUUUCACUAAGUCAGCAGAAAUUCCAGGUACAUUAAAUUCAGUUAAGAUAAGAGCAGCAGAACACUUAACAUUCUUCAGAGGUUCAGUAGUAUGAAAUUUUGAGGGGUUUCUUGAUUUUUUUCAGAAUUGUUAAAUGAAUAUCCUGCUUGUAGUGGUCGCUCUUCAUAUUUCAAUUUCACUUGAAAUUUUGAUUGUGCCAUAUGUAAAAGGUAAAGGGACCCCUGACUGUUAGGUCCAGUCGAGGACGACUCUGGGGUUGCGGCGCUCAUCUCACUUUACUGGCUGAGGGAGCCUGCGUUUUGUCCGCAGACAGCUUCUGGGUCAUGUGGCCAGCAUGACUAAGCCACUUCUGGCUAACCACAGCAGUGUACGGAAACGCCAUUUACCUUCCUGCCGGAGCGGUACCUAUUUAUCUACUUGCACUUGACGUGCUCUCAAACUGCUAGGUUGGCAGGAGUGCCAUAUGUAGAUCUAGAUAAAAAUAGAGAUAUAUAUUCAGGCCUAUUCCCAAUGCUCCCCAGUGUAGAAUUUUCCUUUUUCACAGCUUCUGCAUACUGUGUUAACUUCUUCAUAGCUACCCAUUAUGACACCAAGGUCUUAUUCCUGUCAGUCACUGGCAAUUUAGAUCCCAUUAGCAUAUAUGUGAAAUUACGAUUCUUUUUGUCCCAAUGUGCCUAUUUUCCAUUUGCUAUUUUACUGCUCGGUCACUCAGUUUAAAUGUAUCUUUUUGGAGUUCCCAGCAAACACUUUUUGUUUUAACCUCUUCUAUCAGCUGGGUAUCAUCAUAAGAACAGCCCUGCUGACCAACAACCCUUCUAGUCAUGCGUCUCACAGUGGCCAACCAGGUCCCUAUCACCAGCCAGGUUGACUACCUCACUACACUUCCCUAGCACUAGAUAAUUUAUGAACAAGUUAAAAAGCACAGGUCGAAACACAGAACCCUGGGGCAUUGCACUUACUAUCCCUCUGGUGGGGGAACUGUCCAUUUCUGCUUGCUGAGCAGUGAACAUUCGCAGGGAAAAAUCGAUAGGAAGACAGAAUGAUAAAUAUUAAAUGUUUAUAGAUCACACUUUUCAUAAACAUACUACAUACAUGCAUAAUUUUAUUUGUAUGCUGCCUUCCCACAGGUCAAACAAUGCUCAAGGCAGCUUACAACAUUAAAAGAAUGCAUAACUAUAACAUUUAAAAAAUAUACAACCAAACUGAACAAUUUUCACAUAAAUCACAGGGUCUAAGAUAAAGAUAUAAUAAACCAACAGCAAUAACCCCACCAAACAAUACCCCAGCCCAAUGGUAUAUCCCCAACAUAUGGUAUACAAUGUACAAAAUUACAGUAACUUUGAUAAAAGCUUGUUGGGGAAAAGAAAUUCCUGUUUCAAAGGACUUUCUGAGUAAUGGAUUUCAAUAGAUGUCUGAAAGUAGGCAAGCCUCUACUGGCAGGGAGUUACACAGGUCUCAGGACCUGCCACAGGAAAGACACAGUCCUUCGUAAAGGCCAACUGAACCUCAUAGGUGUGAAGAACCCACCAGAAGUUCCCUAUCAGAGGAUCUCAAUUAUUAAGGUGGAACAUAAGGAAUCAAGCAGUACUUGGGGGGCUUAAAGUGCUCUGGGCCAAAGUUGCUUAGGGGUUUGUGAGUUGACACAGGCACAUUUGUCCCUGACCCAGUAGUGAUUGGCAGGCAGCGCAGUUCUCUCAACAAGUUGCCAGUAAUCUGCAGGCUGGUUGUUGCACUGUGCCCAAGCUGGAGCUUCCAGAUUAGAUACUCCCAUCCACUGCCUAUUACCUGCAAGUGCCCACCUGCAACCACAUUCUCAUCAGAGCUCAUGUGGAUCUUCUUUUUUUGCCUCAGACUUCAGUAGGACGUGUAUUGUUCCUCUAAUGUAAUCUCAGCUAAAAUUAUUCUUUUUCAACUUUGAAAUGCCCAAAAGGCAUGUGAGUCUCACCUGACUAAUCUCUUCCAAAAGCUUUCUGUUCAGUAAUAACCUGACCUUUUCCCUUGGAAGUAGAUUGUAUUUCACUUUCUGCCUCUUAAUUCAUUUUUCAUUUAAAGUUUUGACUUCUAAUCAAGUUCUAACCUCUUCUAGAAUUUGACCUAAUAUAAAUUCUCAAUACUUCUGUAUGUUUGACCAUUUAUAGACUCUUUCAUCACAAGAAAACUCCUACAGUUCUUGUAACAGCCAGUCAGAUAGUCAGUAUGGUUCUCCUCCCAAAGGGUGGUCAGAAGAGUUGGAUGAACAUGGCCAAACGCUAUAUACCAGUGACUAUACUAAGGAAAAGGUACACACUUUUCUUCAUCACGUAUAUUCUAAGCUAGUAGAAAUUUAGUAAGUAAGAACUCAAAUAGGUGUGAUUUUGUCAUUGGUGGUGGAAAAGUAUUGCUUAGUGACAGUUUCUUCCCACUCCCUUGAACAUUUUUGUUUUUUGCUCAUUUCUAGGCGCUUUUUUGUUUGGUCUCUAAGAAACUGCUCUUAUAUAUUAGGACUGUACUGUGUUUAGCUUCCACUUUUCCUGCAAAAAAAUUAUGUUUAGAAAUGUCAUUGUACAGUCUUAUAUGUACUCUGUAGGUUUCUUAUGUUAGAUAGCAAAUUUUUAAAGUUUUGAAUAUGUAUUACCAACCCGGUAUCAUGUUUGGCAAGUUAUAAACUUCAAUUAAUUUUCUUAUCUGUGGACUGCAUAAUAUCUCAUUAUCAACAGCUGCUUUCCCUCCCUAAUGUGUUACAUGUUUGUUUAACAAAAAGUAACUCUAAAAAUGAUGCUUGAAGGAGAUGCAGUUCUCCCCUCCCUGCUGGAAUAAACAGAUUACUAUCCUAUUAAUGUCAUCUAUAAAAUUCAAUAUUUGAAUUAUGAGAAGCAUAAUGUUUAAAACUUCGGAGAUUUCUGUAUUAAAUCAUCAUCGAAAACAACCGUGUGCCUGGUCACACUAGCCACAAGGCAAGACAAACUACACUCACUAUCUCCUCCUACAAAAGAGAGGAAAAUGGUGACACACUCGGUCUCCAGAACCAAGGUCUCUUGCUCUGAAAGUGGAGAGUCUUGGGGACGGGGCUGUGCCAUGUGCUGCAACCAGAAUAGAGCUCUAUACUGCUGUUGUCCCCUUGGACAGAUACUGGCUGUUUUGACUGAUCCCCAUUUUUAUCCCCCUCUAGCAGUGUGAGUAGAAAAGAGAGCAAAAGCAAAAUCGAGUUCCAGUGUGUGUGCCAUUCUAUUCAGACUCAGCAGACAUUGUUCCUGCUUUUCAUUCUGUUCCCCACCUCCCAAAAUACUGUGAGAACAAGCUGUGCUGCGUUUGAAUGAUGGAUAUAUCUGAAGAGCUAUGUGAGAGACUGAGUUCUGAGAUACUGCUUAGAUCAGGGACUCCUGUGGAUUUCCCUCUUUCCUCUCCAAAGCUUUGUUCUGUUUAGAUGCAGUGUGUUCAGUGGGGGGCGGUGGUUGUUGUUUGCUUGGUUAUAACUAUUCAGGUAGUGGAGAAUUGCCUUCAGUUAUAAUAGUUGGGCAUUUAGCUUACAGUAAACUGUUCUUCCACUAAAAAGAAUGAAAUGUACAUCCAAUUUUCCUUUAAUAUGUUGAGCAAGUUUUCCUAGUACUAUAUGAUAGUCAUGAGUCACAACGCUGCACCUAAAAACACAUUGCAGACAAUAAGACUUCUAAUUCAAUGCACUUAGGAUCAUAUCCUUUGGAAAACUAUUGUUAAUUGUAUGUCCUAAUGUGGUGUGUGUGUGUGUGUGUGAGAGAGAGAGAGAGAGAGAAUGAAUUUUACUUUAACUUCAGUGAAGAACUUGGUCCUCUGUUGAAAUGCAUACCUUGUAGAGCUCUUCUUGAUUGCAGAAGCACUCCACUUGACUAUUGGGAGUAUGGGAAUGCCUUGUGUUACAACAAGACUAUGUAGAAGCUAGACAGUUAUGCCUUUGUGGAUAAGUGGGUGAUUUUUAAUUUUGGUGUACUGCUUAGUGCCUCCUGAUUUCUGGGAUUCUCCUGAAAGAGGUUAGGCUCAGUAAAACGUGGUAUGAUUUUGUUCUUUUCAUGUUCUUAAGAAAAAGUGUCUAUUCAGGAUUGUGUAACAUGGCUAGUUAUGCCUUUAACUGUGAAUUGUUCUGAAGCAUGCACUCCUACUUUGUUACCUUAAAAUGCUGUGGGAUAGGGGUUUUAGUAAAAAAAAAUUAUACUAUGGAAAAAUAAAGUUAGCCCACCUCAUAUAGGGUUCUUGCCUAAGGCAGAAGAUUUUCACAUGCAAAAUAACCCUAUUUUGAAUAAAAUAACAAUAUGGCUCUUUUUAGAAUGUCUUCAAAAAUGGAGCUGCUGUAGUUGACAGUAGGGAGAAGAACCAGUUUUAUGUUGUAAAAAAGCUGUUGUUCUUAUUUAGAAACCAUGGGACUUAAAUGUGUAUGAAGCAGAAUUUUAAAUCAUUACAAUUAUUAUUUCUUACAAUAUAAAUUAAUUGUGGCAACAAAAUACUGUGUACUAUACAUUUAUUAUAGUUCUAGGUAUGUGACCAAAAAUGCUUUGAUCGGACAGCCAUAUUUCAGGAAUACUCUAGUCCUGGAUUUCCUGGACUAAGCAGGGGGUUGGGCUGGAUGGCCUUUUAACACACCCUCCCUAUUCCCCAGUGUGAUUCCAUGGAUCUUUAUAACCAGCUCUGGCUAUAUAAAAAUAGAGGUUUCCUGUCUGUGUGUUUGGAGGGGCUCAGAAUCUGAAGUAUUUCUGUUCUCCCAUUUGACAUAUUUAUAAAUUAAAGAUCUGGGGUUUUUUGUAUUAAGUAUUUUAUUAACUUUUGUUUCUGUAGUGGAUAAAGCAUGUUGAUGAACAAGGUCGGCCAUACUACUACAAUGCAGAUGGAUCCCGGUCAGAAUGGGCACUGCCAAAAGUGAGUAAACAAAGGAAAACAAUGUUUCCAGCUUUGAUCAAAAGUUGUAUCUUGCUGCAAUUCAUCCCAAAACACAUGGGUUUUUUUAAUCUCUGGUAUAGGUGUUGAUGUGUACUCUGCUAUUUGGCAAUCCUCUUGAAACUGAUUUUGCAAAAAACAAAAAUCCUGUUGGGCCUGCCCCAGAACUUAGGCACGCCCACAUUCAAUAAGAAUAUCCCCAGGCAUAGUGGGAACCCAAGAUUUUUUAGAAUUUUUUAAAAAAGUAUUAUUCCCCACCCUCCUUCCAGGUCCAUUGAGGACUGAACCUGUUUGCUAACAUUAAGUUAGUUGAGAAAGAAAACCAGAAGGGAGGGUGAAAAUGGAACUGAUGGGAAGCUGUGAGUGAACUGGAAGAUGGGGCUGAAGCAGCCCAGGAGAUUUCCAGACCCUGCUGAUCAGCUGGCAGGAGAGGCUAUAGCUGAGAGAGAAUGCAAGGAACACACAUGGGGCGAGGAGGAGAGUGGGAGGUAGACGGUUGUAUCUCCUCGGCAUCUGUUCCUUGGCUGCAUUUCCCUUCAUUUCUCUCCUCUCUUUCCCCCUCCAAGAGAUUGUGAAAGAAGUUUGAGAAAGUGUCAGUUAGAGGCAAUCAUUUCAAUGUCUGGGUGGGUCACUUCCUAAUUCACAAUGGCAAACUAUUUUUAAAUGUCUCCAAGGACAGAAGUGAAAGUCACCCAUAGAAAUCCAAGACUUAAUGUGGCAGGAGUUGGACACCUGCUCCCUCCCCUCCCCACAAGGUAGUAGCGAGAAGGAGAGUCACUGCUCUUUCUAACUCAUUGCUUAUUUAGUGUGAAAUAUUUUUCUUUCUUUUAAACAAACUUGCUAAUACAAAAACUGCUAAUGCACCUCGUUGUUUGCAAAUUGCCUGUUAGGAAGGGCAGUUGCUGGGAGAGUGUAGUUCAUGACUGCCCUGCAGUGCAGUUAACUGAAUUCUGCAAAUUACCGUAUUUUUCGCCCCAUAGGGUGCACCGGCCCAUAGGGCGCACCUAGGUGUUUUUUUUGGGGGGGAAAUAAAGGAAACCCCCCCCCCGGCACGGGGCUGGGGCGGGGGAAGCCCAAGCUUCCCCUGACCCCAGCCCCCAGAACAGGCUUGUGGAUAGCUUCAGCGAAAGCCUGCAUUCACCCCAUAGGACGCACACACAUUUCCCCUUCAUUUUUGGAGGGGAAAAAGUGUGUCCUAUAGGGCAAAAAAUACGGUAGUCUCUGAUUGGCUUGUAACAGUCCUGUAGUUUUGUCUAGAGGCAUUCCAGGUUGAGCUGAUGCUGUGAAAGCAACUCACAACAACCCUGCAGUAUUUCCCCAUUGCUUUUAUACCUGAGUUGGAGAUUGAGCUGAGAGUAGCAUACAACAAGUCUGCAAUGCCUAUUAUUAGAGAGAGGUGGUACUCUGAACUUUGGGCAGCUGUGCAAUGUAUUCCACUGUUAAUACUACAGGCCAAAGCUGUGCAUUGGCUGGCCAGGGCAAAUUCAGUACUCAUAUGCAUGGUGAAGCCACAUGCUCUACUGAUGUGCAUGUGCACUGGUUGAACAUCAGUUAUUGAUGCUUUUUAAAACGUCACAUGAAAUAAGAUCCAAGUUAGAACAGGGAGUUUUGGCUUUAAUGCUAACUUUUUUCCAACCCUUUCAGCUGCACCCUCAGGUGACACGAAUACACUGUAACAUUUUGUUGAAGAGUCCCAGUUAUUAUUUGUAAUCUCCCCCCCCCACCCGCACACAUAAGUGGACAAACACCUUGAAAUAAGGCCAUCGACUCUGCAAAGAGCUGCUUUUCAGCAAAACCAUAAGCAAAGGGAACAGUCAUACGAACCAGAACAGUGCACGGAAAAUAGGAAUUGGCAAAUGUGCUUAUGGAUUCAUUGAGAUGUUGGGAGAAUUGUGUUUCCUUUGCCUCUGUGAUCCUAGAGGUAAUGAAGCUGACUCCUUCUUAAAUGAAGUUAAAAUAUUUGGAACUAACUUCAGAGCACGCAUAUUCUCUUCUCACAUUUUCCCAGCAUAUUGAUGCAUCCAUAAUUACAGUGCAGGAAAGUCUGUUUUUGAAGAACAUCAUGGGGACGUGAGAAUGUUAAUUUGAAGAACAUUGAGUGGCAAAGCUGUUCCAAAUUUAAGAAAAGGCAUGAGAGAGGUCUCAGAGAGACAAAAGAAUGCAGGAAACAAUUGAAAACUUUAGGCUUUAUAUGCCAUUGUUUUCAAAAUAUGGCCCCAAAUCCUUCAAGGCAUUGGAGACGUCUGCUUUCAGAGUUUGUGCUUCAAUCCUUUGCUAUUAAAAUAUUUGACAUCAAUGUGCCUAGCAGUUUGCAAGGCCAGGCCUUUCCAUUGGAAGCCUUGUACAGCGUAGACCAAGUUCUAGGCCAGAAAUUUUUUCCCCAGCCCUAUAUUUGCAGAACAGUUACAUCUUGUUGUUAGAAGAUGAGCCUGAGAUUUUGGUGUGUUUUACUGAUAUGUGUAUUGAGGAUACAAUUUGGCUCAAUUUUGAUAUGAUUGUAUAGUUUUGUCAUUAGCAAAAGGCUGGAAUUUCAGGCAUGUAAGCAUAGUUGGUCAUAAGUCAAACCAUUUUGUUAAAUAUCUGGUUUUUGGGGAAAGGGGCACAAUGUAUCAUUUUUGUAGAAUAACACUUUAAGUUAUUUAGUUACACUCCAUCUCUAGGUAUCUCCUAUCAUUCAGAACUGUUUAUAUUCAGACAUGGAACUAAACCAUGCUCCUCCAGUCCAUUUUCUAGGUCCAUAUUCCAGUCUUUUACCUCUUCCUGACAUGCAUCUUUGGUUCAUUGGUUUUGAUUCUGUCCAAAAUGCUGAUUAUGAGCUUUGGAAAUAAAUGUGUGUCACUCUGGGACGCUUACCCUGGGCUGCCUAACAACAGAUACCAUGCAACAGGUUCAACCUCAGUGUUGGCCAAAGAGCUCUUCAUUUCUGAAAAGCAUAUUGGUCAUUUUUGUGCAGAGCUUCCUUGUAUUGUGAUGAAAUAUUGUCAUGCUACUGCACUUGAGACUACUAGGAUCGAUGCCACUUGUUGUGUAGGUGAUGAGACUCAGUCAGUCAGUCAAGUUUAUUGCUUAUAGCCAAAGGCUGCUGCAAUGUAUGCAAUGUCAUUCAAUAAAAUAUAUACUAGUUUGAUCCAAAAACUUGAAACAUUUACUUUAUCAAAACAUGACCUAAUCUGCACAAAGCUAUAGAAACUCCUUAAUAUACAAAUUGAAACAUUAGACAGUAAAAUUUAUAAGCUAAAAUCACCGCGGGGCCACUGAUAUAUUCAUCAGUCUUUAUUACGGUCCAGAGACCCAACAAAUCAUUACAGAGCAAUGCACAAUUCAUACAGCCUACCUCCAGGUUAAACAAGCAUUUUGUUCAAAAGAUAGGGAUCAUUGGUUCUUGCAACCACCGAUAAAAACUUUGCCACUGCUAAUGUUCUAGCAUUUGUCCGUUCUUCCAAUAGGAACCUGACAUAGUGAGCCUCUGAUUUUCCCGGGAAAGGUACCAGCACGGGUAAUAUCAGUUCAGCCCUAUCUUGCUCAUAUUUUGCACAGUGCAGCAAAAUAUGUUUUAUAGAAUCAAUGUCGUGAGCACACGAGCAAAGUCUGUCCUGGUAGGGAACUCCUCUCAAACUGCCAGCUAACACUGCAGAAGGAAAGACGUUUAGUCUGGCUUUGGUGAAAAGCCUUUGAUAAUUUGGUACUGUCAGGUUUUUAAUGUUAACUUAAAGACAUGCCCAUACACUAAUAUAUUAAAAGAUGAGACUCAAUAUACCGUAUUUUUCGCUCUAUAGGACUCACUUUUUCCCCUCCAAAAAUUAAGGGGAAAUGUGUGUGCGUCCUAUAGAGCGAAUGCAGGCUGCGCGGCUAAGCCCAAAGCCAGAACAGGGAGACGGAGAGCUGCGCAGCGCUCUGUCUCACUGUUCUAGCUUGGGGUUAGCUGCGCAAAACCUCCGCAGGGCAGCGGGGUGCCUUCACCCCGCUGCCCUGCGGAGGCUACAAACGCUGUCCCCGAAGCCUCAAGCCUUUGGAGUGCAGCGGGAACUCACGCUGUGCUCCAAAGGCUUUGGGUCAGCAAAAGGAACCUGAAGCCUUUGGAGCGCAGCGCGAGGUCCCGCUGUGCUCCGAAGGCUUCAGGGAUCUUUCAGGAUGGCGGUGGGGGAAAGCAGCGCUUCCCCCCACCGCCUGCCCCUCAAGCUCGGGGGGCAGCGGCAAGGCUGCGUGCAGCUUUUGCGCUGUUCCCCGACCUGCUCUUUGGGGCUGGCGGUGGGGGAAAGCAGCGCUUCCCCCUGCCAGCCCCAAAGAGCAGGUCGAAAGGAACCUGAAGCCUCCGGAGUCCAGCGGGAACUACUGCCACGCUCCAGAGGCUUCGGGUUGCCUUCACUGAAGCCUGGAGAGCGAGAGGGGUCAGUGCGCACCAAGCCCUCUCACUCUCCAAGCUUCCAAGGUAGCCGCCUGAAGCCUCCAGAGCACAGCGCUAACUCCCGCUGCGCUCCGGAGGCUUUAGGUGAAUGCACCUUGAACGCACCUUGUUUUACAGGGGGAGAACAAGAAAAAAAAAGUUCCCCCUGUUCUCCCCCUCCUAUGGUCCGGUGCGUCCUAUAGAGCGAAAAGUACGGUAUAUAGGGGCUGAUUUUCUUUAACAAACUGCUGUGUGUGUUUUUAAGUGACACAAGAUUGGAUUUUUCUCUUAAUGAUACUGGCAAAUCUUAAUUUGGAUAAUUUUUCUGACAUUUGUGGCACUCUUCUUAAUGCCUAUAGCUUCCUUGAAUUCAGUACUAGGUUUGGGGAACUGAAAAUUCUUCAUCAGGCUCUACAACUAACUCACUGAGGUAUGAUACGCAUAAGCUAGAUAUCUCUGUCUUCCCUGUCAUGUCCUUUCACCUUAUCCUAGACAAGGCAGACUUGGAGAGGAAUAAGAAAUGAACCAAGUUCUUUGUUUCUAGCCUGAGGUGAGAGCCAGAAGGAAUACUCAGCAUGCGACGUAGCUGCCAACUUUAGUCUGCAACCAAAUGUACUGGAUCAAUUAAUGCAAGAAAAACACUUAAGUGAUUUGAUUGGGGAAGGGGUGGAAAUCAGUUUUGCCACAUACAUCUAGGAUUGUUAUCCAUUUCCCCCUCAUGCUAAUUUACAGACAGCCUUGACUAUUUUUAUCUGCUUAUUAAUAACAGAGAUGAAUGCUAGGGAAGGUUCCAGGAAUAUCAAUACUGUCACAUUCUGUGCUCUCUGCAUUGGAAUGAGAAUACUUCUAAUGUUAAUUCUGAUAUUUUGUAUUUGUUUGUUACCAGUGGAUUUGGGAAUGAAUUUGGAAAAUUAAGAGUCAAGGAAUAGCAGAAAAAUCUUCAUGCACCUUUGUAGAAAUGUUGGAACAGCAAUCCAUUAUUUUACGUGGAAGUGCCGUGUAAUAUUUUAGAUUUAGUAAACAAAUUUUUAUCAUAGUGGUACCUCAAGAAUGGUACUCUGGAGGGAAAGGGUUUAUAGAGGGUCUUGGCUUGUACCACAGUAGGAUUAUGUUGACCUAUGAUACCAGCCUAAUGGAAUUGAACUAAAAUGCCUCUGAAUAGACUGGAAAAUAAUCUGUAAGCCAUGGUAUCAACUUUUCUGCUGUAUAAAAUCUCAGCUGCCACUCCUGUCUUUUAUGAUUUGUAGCAUCAGGAAAGCCUGCUAUAGAAGGAGCCUUCCUAUUUUUGUAAAUCUGUACUCCAAAACAUAUGAGUUGCAAAGUUAUUCAAUUCAAAUAUUGCCUACUUGGACCAAUGUAAUUAAGCCCAGUAUGACACUAGUGUCUUUCUGUGUGGCCUUACUACAGAUUUGAUUAAUUGAUUGCGUAAGUAUUGCAUGGGCAGGAGGCAUCUUCUGUAUGUACUGUAGGCUCAUAUACGGUCUACCUUCUGCAGCCAUUCACAGCAGAAGGAGAGGAUUAGCUGAGGGGGAAAACGGAGGCAAAUUCAAACCCCACCUACCGCAGACAGGUGAGUCACGGGUGCUUACCCCAUGAUGUAUGCAAUGCCCAAAACAGAGACAUCUGUAAAAUAAUAGUCCUCCCCCUUGCAAUUCUUAAUCUGGCUACUUUAUCAGAAAACUAGAGAAUAGGCUUCACCUUUCUUAUUUACCUUCCUACAAACAACAUAGCACAUGACUCCCCAAGAGUAAUUUCAUUUGUUAAUUUUGACUAAGAUAGCUAUUCUAUAACAUGUGUGUGCAUCUUUCCUCACAUGACUGGUUCUGUUUCCUCCACUCCCCCACCCCAACUCCUUAACCAAAAGUUUGUAGGCAUGAAUAACAGUGUAAGUGGCAUUGCAUGGGUUGAAUUAAUUCACAGAAUGUUACUACCCAUUUCAGCAUGGUUUGGAAUCCAUACGGACACAUGGGGUAUCUCUUAUCGCCUAAGCAAAUUGAUUGUAACUGGCAAAGCAAGACUGGUAAUAUUACUGUGUCAGUUCAUAGCAAACAUAUACUGCUUCAGACAUAGCCUUAGCAAUUCUUAAAACAGUCCUGUAAAAAAACCCAAUUCUUUAAAAUACUGUUCCCACAUUACAGACUGAAGGCUGGAAUUGAGAGAUGGUGACUUGCUUAAGACCAUCUAGUGAAUUCAUGGCUCAACUCAGAUGAUUUGGAGCCACUUUUGUUGUUGUUGUUGUUUAGUCGUGUCCGACUCUUCGUGACCCCAUGGACCAGAGCACGCCAGGCACUCCUGUCUUCCACUGCCUCCCGCAGUUUGGUCAGACUCAUGUUUGUAGCUUCGAGAACACUGUCCAACAAUCUCGUCCUCUGUCGUCCCCUUCUCCUUGUGCCCUCAAUCUUUCCCAGCACAAAGUCUUUUCCAGGGAGUCUUUUCUCAUGAGGUGGCCAAAGUAUUGGAGCCUCAGCUUCAGGAUCUGUCCUUCCAGUGAGCACUCAGGGCUGAUUUCCUUAAGAAUGGAUACGUUUGAUCUUCUUGCAGUCCAUGGGACUCUCAAGAGUCUCCUCCAGCACCAUAAUUCAAAAGCAUCAAUUCUUCGGCGAUCAGCCUUCCACUUUACUAUACUAUAACACACCUUCUGUGUUGACGCAUCACUGGGAUUUUGUAUUUGAAAUACUUCCUUGACAGUCAGAUCUUCUAACUGCAUCCAUCCUGUCAGUUGCUGCUCUCUAGCACAUGCCAAUGUUCCCUUAAGAGUGGCAGUGCCCUCAUAUCAUCUCCAUCCCUUCCAGUUCGGCACCUGUUCAGAUUAUAGGACUUGCACAUCUUGACAAAAUAUAUUUUUAGUCUUCGUGCAGUUCAGUUACCUUACUUAGUAUUCUACAUUAUGUAUUAUUUUAGGGCGUGUGCUGUUGAAGUAACAAGGUUUUUUUUUAAAAAAAAAAAAAACACAAAAAGCUCAUCUGUCCCAGUUUUACUGCUUCUCAAAGCAGACAGGUUGUAUAUUAUAAAAACCCAUAAGCAGGCAUGCUCUGUCUGUGUAGAGAUAGCACUUGACCAUUAUACCAAAGACUUAAGGCAGUCUUCACUUCUGAUCACUACAAAUGAGGACAAAACUGGUAUAGUUAGAAACACGGGAUUACUCUGUGGCAACUUCACCCGUCCAAACUCAUAGAAGUUGAUAAUGAAACUGUACUGUUAAAAUGGGCAGAAAACUCCACCGUACAUUGAGCAGAGAAGAGCUUUGAAAAUGUACCUGCAAUUGAGAAGAUGAAGGUUUCCAAAGAGCUUUCAUUUAGUUCUGGGGUUCCCUCUGGUUUCUUUUCCAGUUGCUUUCUUUUUGUGAAGGUGAACUGCUCAGCAUGUAGCAGCUGUAGUGUAACCCCCCCCCCAAAGUAACCAGGCCGUAUGAGUAGUCUGGAUAUAUUCUGGGAUGUGGUCUCUGUUGCCUUAUUUCAGAAACUUUAUGUGCCUGUCCUGUUCAUGAGGUUGAGAGGAAUAGGUAUCUCUCUUUCUCUUCUGUAUUGUUUCAUCCUUUCAUAAUGUUAAUGGGAUGGGUCUCAAGUUCCCAUAAGUGGAAAUUCACUCACACGAUGCUGCUGCUCCUGUGUGAAGAGGGGGGGAAGGAAGAAAUUUUUGCUGUUUCUUCCUGUUUUGGAGCAUUGUGGGACCUUCCAGAACUACCUUCCAACCCAGUCUAUUUCAGUGUAGUCAAUAGUGUUACUUCUCUAGAGAUUUUUCAGAAAAUUAUUUAAGUGAGAGAACUGUAAAUUAUGUGCAGUUUUACUCAGAAAGGAUGUUUUAGGAAAAACAUGAGUGUGUCUAGAUUGAUUUUUGCAGUAGUGUUGCUGGGUAUUAAUAAAAGAUUUUGCCUGAAGUUAUGCCACAGGGGAGAGUCCUCCAAUAAAAGAAUUCAAGAGAAUAAAUGGUUGAGAGCGAAAACGAAGUUAAAAUUCAUAUAACUCUGAGAGGGCAUUUUCAUUUGUGGCACUUGAACUAUGGAAUAGCGUUUUCCUCCUUCCUUGAAUAGCUUGGUCCCCUCUUUGACUGCUUCAAAUUCUUUUUUGUUAUUAUUAUCUUCAUCCAAAGAUCACAGGACUGUUCACAACAUGAAAGUACAAAAUGAGAACACAAAAUACAUAAUAAAAACAAAAAACACAAACCAAUAACUCUCCUCCCUCCAACACAUUUUAAAGGACAUAGAAUGUUAAUCAGCCAAAGAGAAAGAGAAACAUUCCACAAAUAGGGAGCCACUGCAGAAAAGGCCCAUUCUCACGUUGCCAUCCUUUGGACCUCUCUUAGAGAAGGCACACAAAGAUGAUGAUGAUGAUCACAGGCUCUUAAUUAUUUAAACAGGCACUUAGAACCAUUUUAUUAUGACAGCAUUUUUAAAAAGUCAGAGCCUAUGAUUAUAUGGAUUUUAGUUUGCUGUCUCUGGACAUUGUUAAUAUCAUUUUUUACACUCUUUGUUUUGCUGUUAGGAUCAUUAUAACGUAUCCAUAUUUUUAUUUUAUAAGAAACAUUGUGUAUAUCUUAUCAUAAAAAGGUGGGAUAUAAUUGCCUAACUUAAGAAAUGUAAUACUUUCCAGUAACAUGCAAGUUAACAUAGAAAACCUCAAUUGAUUCUAAUUUCUCUACUGUGCAUGUAAAAAAAAAUUUACUGAUUGUUCUCCGGCCAAAUAUGGGAGUGUUUUCAGCAUUUCCAGUCUGCCUUGCCUUUCCCUGCACUGAUUUAAUGGCAAAGAAACCUCCCUUCACAAUUCAGAAUUCUGUUUAUAUAGCAUUCUAAUACAGAUUUGAGUUUUCCCAUGUGCGUGGUUGUGCAUUCAAAAUAACAACAUCCCCACACAAGAGAGAGGAUCAGCAGGCUUGGGCUAUGCGUGUGUGCACACUGGAGGUUUGCAAAAUACCUGCAGACACACAAAAUCUGAAAGGAAAACUCCAAGGGAACAAAACCCCUAAGGGAGAAAGUGGCUUAUGAAUGCCCGGGAGCAUAGUUCACCUUUAAUAUUGCAGCUCAGACUCUUAAGAGCACUGGUUCUCAAACUUUUUUCCUCUGGGCCACACUUUCAGAAUAAAAAUUUGCUCAUAGCACACCAAUUUUUAAAAUUGAUAAAUACAUUGGAAAACAAAAAGAAACAACUCUUAGCAGUGCUUGAUUCUGAAAAGCUGUCUAUCCAUAUUCUGCAAAUUAAAAUAUUAUUUUUAUACUAAUACUAUGCUUCUUCCUCUUCUUUCUUUGGCAAUCACUCGUAGCCGAGUAAGAUGGUCUUCCAUAAACAUGGUUUUAAAAGUGAGACCGUAAGUGACUGUGGAGGCCAAUUCUGGAUCCACAGUGGGGAUGUAGGUUUCCAAGCAGGAGUUGAUCAUGGUGAGGGUUUGCCAAGUGUGCCUUCCUCUUAGCGCUUUUCUCCCUUUCAUCCUGAGUUCGAGCAUCUUCAAAACCCAUGACACCUUUUGGUAAAGGUUGUUCUCCAAUUAAAGUGCUUGCAGGCCAGUGUUUCCCAGUUGCUCUGCUAUACUAUGCUAUGUUGAAAUGUUUAAUUUUUUUUAUUGUCCUUGAAUCUUCCUGCCACACUUGCAGUCCUCUGCUGUAGUAUAGUUCACUGUUAUAGGUUGGGAUCUUGUGCUGAGAGCGUAACUUCCAGUAGCCCUAUAAAUUAGUUCACUUUUAAUACAGUGGUACCUCGGGUUACAGACUCCGCUAAUCCGGAAGUAGUACCUCAGGUUAAGAACUUUACCUCAGGAAUGAGAACAGAAAUCGUGCCAGCAGUGGAAGGCCCCAUUAGCUAAAGUGGUACCUCAGGUUAAGGACAGUUUCAGGUUAAGAAUGGACCUCCGGAACAAAUUAAGUUUGUAACCGGAGGUACCACUGUAUUGAACAUAAAUCCCCUCCCCACUUCUUCCCAGGUCAAAUUAAAUACUUAAUUGCAUGGAAAACCAUCAUGUUCCAUUGGUUUAUCUGUGUUUCUCAAACUUGGUUCCCCAGACUACAACUUCCACCAUCCCUAGCUAGGAGGACCAGUGGUCAGGGGUGAUGGGAGUUGUAGUCCUGCAACAGCUGGGGAACCAAGUUUGAGAAACACUGAUUUCGACUGAGACCAGUUUAGGGUUGCCAUAUUUUGAAGAGCAAAAGAAAGGACGCUAUGACAACUCAUUUUAAAUACCCCUACUAUAUGUAGGCUAUAGAAGCUGUGAUAUGUUGCUGAGGGUGGCAGGAGAAGAGGAAAGCAAGUCUUCAACCACUGGUUAAUGUUUAUGUCUCAUCCAGAAAGUAUAGCCAGAGACAUUUUCGCAAAUAUAAAAAAUCCACCCAGACAGAAAUUUUACCCCUGAAAAAGAGGACGUGUCCUGGAAAAAAGAGGACACAUGGCAACUCUAACAGAUGCACUUUUUAAAUGUUCAAAAACUUUUAAUCCAUUGGGUUGCAUUCAGUGAAGUCAUCCUGACAACAGACAUAUUGAGACUAGUUGUCAUGGCUGCCUUAAGUCCAUUGAUUUCAUUGGAAUUACUCUGACGUAAGUCUUCAUUGCAUGCAACCUGUAGCAUGUGAAGCAAGACCCAAGUUACUCCUUUCUUUGAGGCUAACUUUUUGUUUUUUGUGAUAAUUUUUAUUCAUUUUUUAAAAAACAGACUAAGCAAGACAUCCUAACAUACAAAAGAGUUAGGAGGGUGGCUGGGCACAGAAGAAGAGGAGGGGAAGAGAGUUAGGGAGGGAGGAGGAAGUCUGUUUAAAUUGCUAUAUUACUCUUUGUUAGAUAAUGUUGCCAUUUUAGGUUUCUGCUCUGAAAUUGCUUCUUCCAAAUCAUCCCUUCAAUUAAAUUGCUUAAACAGUGUGGUUUAUUAAGGCCCUGUAAGCUUAUUCCAGUAAUUUAUAUAUGUUUAUAUACAAGGGGUGUGCAACUUAGUCACCAGUUAAGGGCUGUAUCUGAAAUUUAUAUUAGCUAAAGGACUGCACCAUGCAUGUUUAAAGGGCAUUGAAUGAAUGUAAUUGUACAUAAGUAAAUGGCAGGUGCCUCCUACAGCUGUACAGGAGAAACUGCACUACUUGCUGCUACUUAAGCUACCUUCAAAUAUGAAAAGCUGCCAAGCCUUGAUGUAGACGUAGCAAUUGCAAAAGUUGGUUGACUGGCUUCCUUGCUUCCAGUUUUUAAUUUUUUAACUAUCAGGGUAAGUUUUCUAUUAGCUAUUUCCCUUCCUGUAAAAUUGCUUCCUUCAAAAUUAAACUUGUGUACAUGAAGACUUGAAUAGUCCAUAGUGGGUUGGAUAUAUAAGGGCCUCAUGUGUCUCCAUCCUUGGUUCUGCAUGGCUCCAUCCCUGGCAUGCCUUGACACAGUGCUUUGGAUUUAGAUUCCCUUUGGCAUGCAUAUUCAGGUAGCUGGUUGGAAAUCCUUCAUAUCUUGAUGCAAGUGGGGCCAUUACACUCCAGAGCCCUUAUUCAGUUGAAUAAUUUCAGGACUAAAAGCUGUGGCAUGCUGCAAUGCACCAGGCCCCAGGCAAACUUCUGUUGACUAUUUUAGAGGAAAGAGAUGACACAUGGGGGGAAGUGUAGCCUUUCUCUUUGCAGGUUUGUAUAUAUGAAAGCAGCUAAGAAUGGAUUGCAUGUGCUUCACCUGCCUUUGUUUCAGUACAAUACAUUUACACUGUAUGGAUUUCCUUCUGCUUUCUUUUUUAAUAGUUUAAUGCUUCGCCACAGCAGCAAAGGGAGAUUAUUAAAAGCAGGAGUCUGGACAGGAGGCUACAGGAACCAAUAGUUUUAACAAAAUGGAGGCACAGCUCAAUUGUGUUGGACACUAAUGACAAGGUAGGAAUGUCCUAAAGAACAUACUGGAGUCUGAUCAGUUGUCGUGUAUUAUUUAUUAUGUAUAUUUUUUAUUUUACUGUGCACUAAAAAAGAAAAGAAAAACACUGGUGCAAAAUGGUUAGGUUGAUCCCUGUAAGUUACAUACAGUGCAAUCCUAUAAGUUGUCUACUCAGAAGUAAGUUGCACUGAUUACUCCCAGAUAAGUGGGUGUAGGGCUGCACUCUUAGCCUGACUAAUUGUGUUUUCAGCGAAAUAAUUAUUGUACAGUUAUGUUUGUAAUAUAUUCUUACAUUAAUGUAAUAUAUUCUUACAUUAAUGUAGAUUGUUUACUUUGUGUUAGAUUCAGAAAAACAAUUCAUUUCUAAAUGUGCUCUUAUUAAAGCAAACUUUGCUAUGACAGGCUGUACUUGUUUUCUCCUAAAGAAGUCAGUGGUACAGAACCUGCCUUGUACCCCUGAUAAUGGAGUUGCUAGCUUUUGGAAUUGGGCUCCUACCUUGGCUGUCUUCCCAGCAGCAGUUUUAAUGUCUUGCCCUGAGCUCAGUGGCCUGAUUUUUUUGAAGUCAUGCAAAGUCAUAGUUAAGCAGGAGCUGGAAAGAGGCUCAAGUGAGCCUCAGGUUCAUGUGGUUUUCCCUUCCCUCUGCUCCUCCUGUGUGACCAGGAACAGUAGUUCAGCACUGUUUAUUUUCAAUUUCCCCAAAGCUUGUCUCAUUGUAUGCCUCCCUGGCUUAUGAUUUAAUAAUCAAGUCUGGACAGCUUCAAAACAAAGCCAAUUUCAGACCAUGAGUUAUGAAAUCGGCUUGUUAAAUUAACCUGAGUUUGUUAUACACCAUGAUACUUGGUUUGCAUGCAGUGGCAAGCCAGUAUUCAAGGAAAAUAAAAGUAAACACAGUCUACCUCCUGGCCGUAUGGAAGGAGUGGGGAGGGGCAAGGGUUCCUAAGGCUAAUUCCAGCUUGUGCAUGAUGCACUAAACCAUGGUUUGGUGUACAUGGCCACCAACUGCAACAUUUUUAUUUGGUUAGACGUCAUUUAUAUGCUGCUUUUGUAUCUAAAAAUAUAUAUAUAUAAAAAUCUCAAGGCACAGUCUAUGUAAGAUCAAGAUUACAAACAAUAAAAAAGAAAUUUCAGACAAAGCAAUGGGAGCAAGGAUGACCAAACAGUAAAGCAACAGGCACCAAUGCAAAGCAGCAGAUGUCGCCUGUCCCUCUGGUUCUGCAGUUAUAUGAAAAAGUAUGUUUUGGAACUGUCUCAUGCAACUGAAGUAGUGAAGAGGCCAGAUAUGUUUCUUUAGGGAGAGGGUUGCAUAAUGUGGAACCCACUAAUGAGAGACAAUUGUGUUAAAGCAGUGGUGGCCCAGCUUGGCCCUCUAGCUGUUUUUGGACUACAACUCCCAUCAUCUCAUAGCUAACAGGACCAGUGGUCAGGAAUGAUGAGAAUUAGCUGGAGGGCCAAGUUUGGCCACCACUGUGUUACAGUCUCCCACAGUACCACUACUGCAUGUGUGUGAGAGAGUGUAAGUGGUGCAAAGUCUCCAAAGAUGGCCAUUGGGCAGAAUCAUACGGGAACAGGAGGUCCUUGAGAUAUCCUAGCAGAAGACAAUAAGGACAUCAAAGCUCGGGAGGGACGACGACCGUGAGAGUCUUUUGGGUUGUGGCCCCCUGUUUGUGCUCUCCAGUGAAGCCUGCUUGACACUGGCAUAAACAACUCUUCUUCCAGUCUGUUCUGUUGGAUGUUUAAAUUGGUUUGCUUUGUUGUAGUUAUGGUAUGUGUCUCUAUUGUGGGGGGUUUGGGCAGUGGUAUUGCUUUUAGAAUUGUAUCGGAAAAAUGAAUUUUUUGCUGCUAUCCCUGUACUGGAUGUUUUUAUACUGUAAGUUUCCUCAAGACAAUUUUUAGUAGAAGGAAUCUAAGAAACAGAAUAUGCAAAGAUGAAUCUGGCCAAAGAUGGCAAGGGGUUUGAGUAAAAAAAAUAAAAAUGAACUGGCAACAAAAUGUUGCAUCCUGGAGAUCACAUGUUCACAGCCAUGCCCUCCUCUGAUCUGGUUUUCCAUUCCACCCUUGACCCCAAGUCAAGUUAGCAUUCUGUGGUUAGUGACUGCACAAGGGCAGUUCUUGGGGUCCUUCUCUCAGGGUUUUCCCACCGGGCUUCUUGUACAUUUCUGUCCUGUCUUCUGUUUGUGUAUGGGUGGUGCCAUUUUGGCUACAUAAGUGUUGGUGCUUAUGCCUUAAUAUCAGAAAUACAGGGAAUUGCCUUUUAAUGCCCAAGUUUACAAAUCUUUUCAGUACUAAAGAAACUGAACAGGAGUUUUGGAUGGAGAUAGGUAUGAAUUUCAGGAACCUUUAACCUGUCCUCAAGCAUAAAGAGAAUUUCUCUUGGUAACAUAGUUGCCAACAACACAGGAAAAGAAACUUCACUACAAAGCAGUUCUUUCUGUAUCAGCUAUCCCUGCAGGAAUUGUAUUCUGCUUUUUAACAAAGAAUGAUCAUUGGCCUGCCUUCAGGAAACAUGUCUCCACUUUCUUUCUAACCUCCUUAAUAUUUCAAGUUAGCAGAUUUUUUGGGGUGUGUGUGUGGAAUGCAUAAUUUAUGCAUAAUUCAAAAGCUUGACACUCUCCAAGGAUGCAAAUCAGUUCUGAUUAGAUGACAUUGGAAUAUACAUUAUUUUAUUAUGUUCAAGAUAACAGACUCUAUGAAGCAAUAAUGAUAUAUUAAAAUAGUUCUUGUAUUUUUACAGUUGCCAACUAAUUCUUCUGAUCCUCUCUUGCCUAAUCCUGCGUAUUUGUUCCCAACACACCAUGAGCAAGUUAGUAUCUGACAUAUGAUUUAUCUAUAGAUAGUAUUGGUAGAUAAUUAAAUUUGUGCAAGGAAAAAACUGUACUAGAAAAAUUAAUGAAAGGAAUGACUGCUUUAAUUUGAACAUAACUCAUUGUCAUUCCAGUAUCUCAGUAUCAGACACAUUUUCUGUUAUGUCCAAAUUCUGUAAAGCUUAAGGAGAUUCUACUUUAUUUCUGUGUUAUAAAUAUUUCAAUACAUCUUUAUUCCUUAGGAUUCUCCGGUUGCUUCAAAGACCGCUUUUCCUGAGAAUGAGUAUUCUCCUUCCUCACCAAAGCAUCAAGCCACAGUCAGUAUAAAUAUUGUCAUACACAGAUUGUUGAGCUCACUAGUCUGAGGCAAAUCCAUGGUUGUUAAUGUAUGCAGAACAUUGUUACACAUCACAUAGUGGAUCAUUCUGUGUCAGGAAAGAGAUUGAAGCCGCUUCUUGUGUUGGGCCUUCUCAAUGUAAUCAACUUCAGCAGCUUCUAGAGCAGUAUUUAGAAGAUGCAUAUCUUCUGUUGACUUGUAAGAUAUAUAGGAUUUAGUCAUGUCCCCAGCAUUGUUCAACCAGGCAGCUUCAUAAGAACACUGUGUUCAAAUAGAUCAGCAGAAAAUGGAGGUAGUGGUGUUAUCCAGUCCUCCUUAAAGGAGGCAUUUUGUCCUUUUUUAAAGCAGCCUUGUUGGCUCCUCAUAACAUUAAUAAACACAAUACUGCUUUUCCAUAUUGCAGUCACUGGCAAUCUACUUUUUAUCCUGUGACCCAGUUAGAUAACAUCAGUCACUAGCAGUUUCUCACACCUUGAUAGGGAGGUCUGCCUGAUACUUUUGAGAUCUGUGUUACAUAGGAAGAGUGUAUAGUUUGAGUUCUUACAGCCGAGUCUUACAAAAUGCCCUUGUACACUAUUACUUUAGAUCAGGCCAGGGAACCUGUGACCCAUCAACCCUAGCCAGCAUGGCCAAUGGUCAGGGGUGACUAUCAGUGUUUACUUGAGAUGGAUAAAACAGACUCAGUAAAGCGUCUCAAUGAAUUUCUUGUUUUAAAAACUCGCUCAGCAUCUAAAUCACAUAGCAUCUGAUAAAUAAUAACAAUUCGUUAAGGUGCAGAUAAUAUCAGGUGUAGACAACUGCACUGCAUUUCUGAUGGAUUUGGCAAUCUGUUUUGUCAAGCAAACACAAUUUUUAGGAGCAAGCUGUUUACCACGAAUAAACUGUGAAAACAGAAAUGCUUCAGAUAUUGAGAAUAUAUAGGUUUUGUUUUUAGGCUACAAAUAAUGAACAGAUGUAAGCAGGUAGGUUACAUCAGUUUAAAAAAAUGUUGUGGUUUAGUAACAUUAGUUAAAAAUCUGGUUUAGCACAUUUAAGGCUGCAAUCCUAUACCCACUUAUCUUGGAGCGAGCCCCAUUGAAUUUAGUCAUCUUACCUCUGAGUAGACACAUAUAGGAUUGUGCUGUUAAUGUUAAGUUCAAGGAACCAUGUCUCUGCAGUUCAGGUGUCAGCUGUUUAGCUCUUCUUGAAAGUAGUUGUGGAAGGAAAGAGAUUAUUUUCUAAUUUAAAGGAAUAACAAGCUGCUUUUAAAACUGAUUUUCUGUUUGUUCUCUUCCCCAGGACCAAGAGAAGUAUGGAUUAUUAAAUGUGACAAAGAUUACAGAAAAUGGGAAAAAAGUUCGGCAAGUAUCUCCAGCACACUUCUAAGUUUUGACGUUUAGGUAUUUUAAAUUUGGUCAGGCAAACAUUCAAUCAUCAAAGCAAUGUAAGGUUGCAAGUGGGUUACUUGUCAGCAUAUUUAUAUGCAAAGAAACCCUGUUUCAGUGAAACUUAAAGGAACUGAUCAGCAUUUUAAAGCCUGCAGCCACACUCCCCACAAGGAGCAUGUUUAGGAAAGCAAUUUUAAGUUUCUUCUGUCAGUAUUACUUGGAUUUUCUGGGGAAGUUUUCUGGAAGUGAAAUAAAUACAACAUUUUUGCAGUGCUAUUGGUUGAAGCCAAUCUGUAGUGGCUCUCUUUGCAACUGUCAGGGUUCUAAACGGAGUAUUUUAAUGUAAGAGAAUAAAUAGAAUAAGCCUGGCUACAUAUUGCACAUACAACACACAAAUGUGAUAUAGUGUGUGCUGUAAGUUUGAGCUACUGUGGCUCAGGCCCAUGCUGGUGGGUGGGGGCAGAUGGGCACACUGGCCCCUGGCUUUGGAGGGCACAGCUGGCCAGGGGCCCCUGCCAGGAACCGACUGCCUUUUUUGUUUGAAUUUAUAGCUUUAUUCCCACCCCAGGCCUCAGACAAGCUCUGUACAGACAAGCUGGAUGUGACUAGUUAGUCUCAAAAUAAAGGAUUGCUUUUAUGUAGGCAUUCCUGUUUCAGUGAUUUCAGCAGGCCAAAUUGGCCUUUUGUCAAUAACAGCUAUACCUGUAGACACGGUAAUACAAAGGGUCAUUUGUCAAGCACCACUGGGCAGUCUCAGUUAUUUGAUCAAUCUCCUUGACUGUGUACAUUUGCCUACCUCUCCUACAGAAAAAACUGGAUGUCAUCAUGGGCUGUAUUGCAAGGUCCCUCGUUAUUGUUUACCAAGACUCAAGGAGGUGGGACUAGCUGGGUAAGUACUGGAAAGUUACUGUAUUUUCAGACUCCUCCCCCUCAUCUCUACUGUUAAUGCAACCAUGUGGAGAUAACCGUGCAUUAAUGCAGUACAAGCGAUUGCAGGGUGGGGGUUAAAACAAGCAGCUCUCCUAGUGGAGAAGCUUUGUUCUGUAUGAAGUGGCCCACACCCGUGGAACAAAGAAGUGACUCUUUUAAACUGAUGGAAUUCAAAAUGGGGAUUUGUAAGCACUCCCAAGCCAUCUGAAAUGCCCAUCUUUCCCAAGGUUGGUUAAGACAAAACACAAGUAGACCCCUUGUCCAGGCCACUAAACGUCAGUAGCCAACAGGGCCAUGGUGGAGACAAGUGUUGCGGUGGGAAUUUAGGAAUAUAAUAUAGGCAACUCCCAAUUCACGCAGGGGUUACGUUCCAAGGCAUCAUGUGUUUAUGUGAAAUUGUGUGUAUUUGAAACAGCCUGCAAACCGCUGCCCCACUCCCUUUUGUGACUUUUGGGGUAACUUCUGAGUUUGGCGUGAUGCACGUGUGCCCAGUUGCACACGUGUCGGACACGCCGAAAACAGUCAUUGCCUGUAUGGGCAGGUUGUGCAAUGUCUGGGGCAGGGAAGCCCUCUAAAAACAAAAUGUCAAUGUUUGUUUUUCCCUCCAGAAGUUUGGGGUCAACCAAUCCAAGCCAGAGUUCACAGUGGAUCUCAGGGGUGCAUUUGUCGACUGGGCUUCUAAGGAGAAAUCUAGCAAGAAGAAUGUGAUUGAGGUGACUGUUUUUGCCUAACUUUAUUUUGGGUACUUAACAUGACCAUAGAAAAAAAUGGGUAACGAGUUAAGCAUUUUACAAAAAAUAUUUACGACAAACCUUUAGAAGUCUUAUAACUUAGAAAUGUGAAUACUUAAGUGGCAUAUAAAUGUCUUAAACUGUCGGGGUUUCUUAGAAUAGAUAGAGUAUAAUAUAGUAAUUGACCUAGUGGUCGGGUAUUUUGGAGCAACACAUAAAAUACGUACUUCCAUUCUAAUGCCCAGAUUUCUUUUUAUUUUAAAGCUGAAAACACGGCAAGGAACUGAAUUAUUAAUCCAGUCGGAUAAUGACAUUUCUGUAAAUGAAUGGUUUAAAGUUCUUAAUUUUGCUAUCAGUAACCAGGUAUGUACUUAUGAUGGUUUGCAGAUAAAAGUUUAUAAUCUAAGUUAUUGCUCUCCCCCACCACCAUUCCAUUUCUACCUCUUGCUUGAUCGUUUGAGGAAUACUUCACCCUGAAACAACUAAACCACAAUAUAGGACCAAAGCAGCAAUUGCUCUGGAAUUUUGAGACACAUCAGUGGAUGAGGAUUGUUUUUAUAAUGUUUUUAAUGAUUUGUUUCCCGCCCUGGGCUCUUUUGGGAUGAAGGGUGGGAAAACUGAAUAGGACAAUGAUAAUAAAAAUAAGCUAGUGAGAUCAUCAUCUUUAUUAUGGCCAAUAGAGGAAAAAAGAUAUUCUUGUAGUUCUAAUUGAGGGUUGUGUCCAACUAACGUUUAAUGUACCUAAAUUAGCCACUAAUUUCAGUGGGUCUCCUCUGAGUAAAGUUUAGUUGACUGCAAACCACAAUAAGAAUAUAAUGAUAAAAAUAUGUUCAAAUGUUGAGAUUCAAAAAGGAACAUUAUCUAGUUCAUGGUUUAUGUGGAAUAUGAACUAGACAUUUCUAGCUUAUGUCCUGAAGUAUAUACUGUGUGAGCUGAAUUGCAGCCAGGUCUUCAAGACUUGUUUGGACCAUUUCUUUGUCCCUUGAUACAGUCCAAUAUUAUUUUGGGAUUGAGAAGAGGCAUGUGCAGAUGUAUGUGUUCCUGUACUGCAAUUUCCAAAGGAAUCCCUGCAGUAGUGUUUAGCAUGUGGCGUUGAUAAACUUGUGGCAUUGCACCUAAUGAUCUUAUCACUUUCACUGCUGCAUAUACAGAUUUAGAUUCUUGAGAUACUCAAAUGUCUACCAGUUUUGUCCCAAGCGGACAAAUAUGUCUUGUACAGAUUUAUCGGUGUUUCAGUUUUGCUUAGUCUGUUAAAGAUUUGAUUUAGCUACUGAAGAAAAGGACCUUCUUAAGCAGGAACAUGCUUUUGCACUUUCUGUAGGCUCUGAACUGCUAUUGAGUGAUGCAUAUAUCUGUUGUUCCUUUUGUACCUUUGUUCUGAAUGACUCCUGAAUUUCCAGGGUUAAAGAUUUUUUUCUCUGAUUUACAAAGAGGAAAUAGGUUAGGGUAGAGAGGGUUAGAACUGAUUUAUAGCUUUCUAACUAGAAAACUAGUUUCUAUUUUCUUAGGCUUAUGCAUAGUAAAUCUGUGGGUGCUCAGAGCAGCGAAUGUGGACAGUUAACUAUUUUGCUGAUUGACUUACUUGAGAAGGAAAAGUGCUGGAUUUUGCAAUCCUAGAAGGAAUUUUAGAGUGGAGAAUCAUGGUGUUUCAGUAUUAAGGUCAAACAAUUAAGUUACUAAUAAAAUAACUGGCAGUUUGCUUGAAAUGCUGCCCCAAACAUCAUGUUCCAGGUACGUAGCUUUACUGGGACAUUGUCAACAGCUUUCCCAGUUUGCACAGGAUUUGCCUGGCACUAACUGAAUGAUUCCAUUAGCGUCAGAUGUUUAGCCGAGAGAGUCAGUAGAGAUUUGUUAGGCUGACUUAACUGUAUAGUUCUGAUCUUUUGCUUGAGAAGACUUUUGCCAACAGGUGUUUCCAGAGUAUGAAACCACCAAGACCAAUUUUCAGUGCAGAUUACACCAAUGUUGCAUCUUUGUCAUACAAACGAGUGAUUAAUUUGCUCGCAGCAGUGCCAAUUCUGCUUGCAAAAUUGAUUUACAGAUGCCAUGUGGAUAGGGAGUCCAUUGGAAAUCUAUGUUCCAUUGUAAAAUGAAAAUGGCUUCAAAAUCAUUUUAUCAGUUUCAUUAAAUCAUGUGUUAGUAAUUUUGAAAUCAUCCUAAUGGUGUUAUAUGAAGGAUGUUACUUUAAAAAAUAAAGAAGAGCUGUUAAACUGGGUAGCAACAAAGACAUUGAAUCCUUUUCUUAUUCUCAAUAGACAGUAGAGUCUGAUGAGCCAUUCGAUGAUGAGGUGCCAGAUUCUCCUGGGGUGGAAAAACAGGACAAAGAAAAGGACCAUAAAGAGUCAAAAAAACUUCGUUGUAAGUUUAAAUUCAGAGUAAAUUCCUAUGCUUCGCUCCACCCCUCCACCAACCUCCAGCAGUAACACCACCACUGGCCACUUGGUCAGGGGCAUCACCAGCAGAGACCAACAGGGCUGGGCAGAAGGAAUUCUCUGUCUCAACUACGCCAAAUCCAUGGCAGAUUGGAUUGCAUUAUAAAUCAGUCACAUGAGUUGGCUUUGGGGCAGAGCACAGCUCUGAGUUGAGCAAGUGAAGAGAAGAAACUGUCUCCCCUCUCUGCCAUAAAUAUUUGGAACUUGCCUAGUUGAUAUUCAGAUUUGAUAUUAUGUUGCAAUUUCGUCUUCUGAGGAUUUUACCUUCAGCACAGGCUAUGUUUUAUAAAUCAGGACAAAAUAGCUUAAAACACACCAGUUUUUUUAUAUGCAGCUUGCUUGUUUUUCGUUUGCAGCAAUAAAAUUAUCUGGCAGCAUUGAUGCUUCAGAACAGAAAAAGACCAAAACGAAACUGAAGAAAUUUUUAACCCGCAGACCCACAUUGCAAGCAGUCCGUGAAAAAGGCUAUAUCAAGGGUAAGCUUUUUGUUUUCAAUAUUUGUAAUAACCCUUGGCUAGCAGACUAUUAACAUCAAUUUCUUACGUCUGAGUAGGAUAGCUAUUUCCUCAGGAAAUAGGAGUGAGCUUGGUUGCUUGCAGCAUUAAUUUUUUAAAUCCUAGAUAGCUGCACACUAAAGAUCCAUGUUGAGACUAAAUUCAAAAGAAUUCUUCAAGAUAAAAAUAAACACUAUAAUCUUCCCAGUGAAGAUUCAGUGUAAUCUCUCUGUGCACCCAGAAAGAAAACAUUAAGCAUGAAGUUCAGCACAAGCAUGCGUUCCAUUUUUUAGAGGAGUCCUCAACUUUAAAAUAUUUGGUGUUAUAUGGUUCUUGUUUCUGCUUCCACGGCUGGUUUUGCUGUUCUUCUUUCUGUAUGUCUGGACAAAAAGAGACUACUUGCAGCAUGGGAUUGUGAUUGGGCUUACCUGGCGUGGCUUUCACUUAUACAUUCCUAUGUGGAAGGAGAAUAUCCUCUCCCAUUAGUUCCCACAAGGACUUUCUUUGUCCACUGUAGUCCUGCUAAAGAGGGAAUAAAAUAACAAACACCCAAGACAACCACAACACAUCCUGUGACAUAACACAUUUGUUAGUCUUUGUUUUUACUGCAACAAAAUAACAUGGCUUCUCUUCCAGGAAAACAGUGAUACAGCCAAAGCCUUACAGUCCUAAGAGGAAAUAGCCAGCUUCUCGGUAUUUCUUAGCUCUCCCCACCCCAAGGGUAUCUUACGUCCCUAGGAAAUACAGCCUUUGAAGUGUCCACGUUAAAGACCAAAAACAGUAUUAUUCUGAGGAUUACACUUAACAUAUUUGUGUCCUCGCAGCUCUAAGGCUCAUUGGGUUGAGAGAAAAUACUUUUCUCAAGACAACCCAGAAUGUUGCACAGACAGUCCCUUUCUGUAUCCAUAUAUGGAUCUGUAUACAGAUGUUUUCAGUAAGAAAUGUAACACACUAUCCAUCAGAUCACACUUUUUCCUUUGCAGGGAUGCAGUGUCAGGCUAGACUUGUCACUGAGCAAAGGAGAUGUGCCGCUUAGCCAAAAAUCAGUUUGUCUUCCAGGUUGUGUGCUCUCACCCUGCCAUUGGUGGUGGUGAGGACUGCUAGAAAGUUGGGCAAGUUUUCUGGUUCCACCGAUUCUAAGGUCUCUUUCAUUUCCCCCAAUUCUGGUCAAACUCGUUGACUCAGGAGCAACUUCUGAACUGCAUGCCAUUCUCAGAGGAUAUAAGGGUUUUUUGAAACUGCUUUUCUCUGGAAAUAUUACAAGUCAGACCUAUAAUUGGUCUAAAGUUCAGAAGACGUCAGGGUCUGACUUAGGUCAUUCUGUCAUCUGUUGCCAUAUAGGAGCACAUCUUUAAUGAAAGAGGAUUUUGCCCAAUCUUAUUGUGAAACUGUUCCACACAAAAUUCCCUACAAAAAAACCAAGUCUUUCAAAAACCUGGAAUGAAGGAAGGGGGAGUCUUUCCACACGGAGCGGAGGUUAUGUUCUUGAGUAUGGGUAUUAAGUGCUGUGCCUCAUUUUGUCUCUUUUCGCAUGCCAACAUUUCCGCUCACAAGCAGAAGGGAAAAGGUAGCCGAUUUCUCAUUCCAUUCUGUAUGAUGCUGCAGUGGAGUUUCAGGGAUGUCAUCUAGCUUCCAGCAAAGGGGAGAGAUCAGCUUCCUAUAAAAAUAAGCUAGCUGCGCAUUCUGGCUAUAUGCCUUCUGAGGCCCAGAGCAUCACAUUACAGUCUUUCACUAAUUUAAGAUGUGAAAUUGAGGGAAGAUGUACAGCAGUGCUGACAAUCUUUUGUUGCUGGCUUCUUUGCAUUUCCUUCUUUGCAUGUAAGCAGAGGGGUUAAGCAGAGGAAACAGCACCUGGAGAGAAGGGGCCAUCUCUCUCCCCCCCCUGCCCCCCAGGCUUUAGGGCCAGGGAACAAACAAGUACAACCCCAAGUCCCUUCCUGAAAGGACGGCCCUUUUCUGCAAAAUGAAAUAACCUGCUAGAGUACAGUACAAAAGGUGUCACAAUGGGCCAUGUCAAUAUCUUGCUGCCUGCUAGCAAGACAAGGCUGGUUGGGAAUCCCCUCCAGCUGGUAUCAUUUUUGUUGGAAGCCUGUUCACUCUGAGAAGUUCAGCUCAAUCACUUGUAAACUGCUUUCUUUCCCUGUUUUUCAGAUCAAGUGUUUGGCUGCAAUCUAAACAGCUUGUGUCAAAGAGAGAACAGCACUGUGCCAAAAUUUGUGAAACUGUGUAUUGAAUAUGUUGAAGAACAUGGUAGGUGAAAGACACCUCACUUUUUAAUAUUAAUGUUUUUUAUAGUAACUGGUUAGAGGCUUAGUUAAUUUUUUACAUAGAAGGACAUGUUACUACUAUAGACACAUAUCUGGGCAUAAUGUACACUCUGUGAACCAUAAAAAUAGUUUCUCAGCCCUUUUCCUCCUUAACUACUGGAAAUGACUUGCUUAGAAACUUUAGAAUCUUUCCAUUUUUAACUAUUCCUAUACAACUGUGUUUUAAUGCUUUAUAGUGCAAUCAUGGCCUAUUCAGAAAUAUGUCCCCCUGAGUUUAAUGCGAGUUACUUCCAGGUAAGCAUGUAGGAUUGCAGCCUGAUUGUGUUCCUUCUGCUAUUCCAAAAGGAGAGGCACAGUCUACAGCUUCAAAAAAGAAAUGCAAGAGUAUGUUGUAAUAACAAGUUUGUUUAAAUACCUUGUUGACCUCCAGAAUAGCUCACUUUGCCACAUAGAUUUAAUUUUAACAAGCAGACAGAACUUUUCAAAGCAUUAGCAGAAGCAAACUUCUCAGUCUAUUUGAGUGCCUGCUGCUGCAGCAAUGGAGAGGUCGAGGAUGACUGACAGUGUAUCCCACUCUUGAUGGCUGCUACCAGCAUCUGUCCAGUUAAGCCUUGAAAUGCUGGGCAAAAUUACCAACUUCAAGAGACUCUAGGAAAAGCAACAACCCCAACACUAAAGGACAAUUGGAAGCCCAUUGUGAUAGAAUAUAAGGAGGAGUUUGUCAGCAAAUGCUGAAUAUUGUAUAAUUCUUCUUGUUUAUGAAAAUUGUAUCACCUUUUUGAAGGAGUGUAAUCAUUUCUUUUUUUUUGGUGCAUUUUAUUAAAAUAAAUGUUGUUCAUUCUAAAACAUAUGAAUUUACACCUAUAACCACUUACUGAACAAAACUUUAAAAUUUGUUCUAGGAUUGGAUGUUGACGGGCUGUAUAGAGUUAGUGGCAAUCUUGCAGUAAUACAGAAGUUGAGAUUUGCUGUUAAUCAUGGUAAGUUGCUAUACGUAACAAUUAGUAGUUUGCAGUGUUAACACUAAAUUUAUUUAGUUCUUAGCAUCUGUAAAGUACCAAUACAUCAACUAACAAAUUAUAUUUUGUUUAUGAAAUACUGUAUUUUUUGCUCUAUAAGACGCACCUAGCUUUUGGAGGAGGAAAACAAGGAAAAAAAUGUUCUGAAUCCCAGAAACCAGAACAGCAAGAGGGAUCUGGCUUCUGGGAUAGCCACCGAAGCCUCUCCUGGGGAGCGGGAUGAAGGCUCCCCCUGACUGGAAGAGGCUGCGCGCGGCUAAGCUGCCCUCUGUUCCCUCCCGCAAAAGCCAGCCAAGAGCCGCACGUUCUUUAAAGGGAGCGCGGCUCUUGCAGGUUUUUCUACAAGGUGGAAAAAAGGACAGCCUGUCAGUGACGGGCUGCCCUUCUCCCUCCUCGGGGAAAAGCCCCCAAGACACGCUAGGCCCGGCUCUUUAAAGAGCAUGCGGCUCUUGGGGGCUUUUCUGGGAGGUGGGCGAAGGGCAGUCCGCAAGAGCCGUGUGAAGCCUCCGCAGGGCACGAGGAGCCCUCAUGGGCUAUCCCAGAAGCUGCGCAGCGCUCCCUCAUACUGUUCUGGCUUCUGGGAUAGCCCUCGAAGACUCCGCAGGGCAGCGGAUGAAGGCACCCCGCUGCCCUGCAGAGGCUUCGCGCAGCUAAGCCAGAAGCUAGAACAGCGAGAGGGAGCGCUGUGCAGCGUUCCCUCUCCCUGUUCUGGCUUCGCCGCGCAGCCUCCAAUCGCUCCAUAAGACACACACACAUUUCCCCUUACUUUUUAGGAGGGAAAAAGUGUGUUUUAUAGAGCGAAAAAUAGGGUAGGUUUUUAAUCUUUAACGUGUGUGUGUGUGUGUGUGUGUGCGCGCAUAUACAGUCAUACCUCAGGUUGCAAAUGUGAUCCGUGUGGGAGGCACGUUCACAACCCACAGCGUCUGCGCAUGCACGUGAUGCAAUUUGGUGCUUCUGCGCGAGCGCUGAAACCCGGAAGUACCCGGAAAUAACCCGUUCCAGUACUUCCGGGUUCGGCGCGGUGCGCAACCCGCAGCGUUCGUAACCCGAGGUAUGACUGUGUGUGUGUACACACGCGCGCACACACACCCCUUCAUACCUUGUUUGAACAUUGUAUUCUAGAAUAAGAACUGUGAUGGCUCAUGUAGCUAAAUACUCUAAUACUGUAUCUGUUUCAGAUGAAAAACUGGAUUUGAACGACAGUAAAUGGGAAGAUAUCCAUGUGAUUACAGGAGCUCUGAAAAUGUUUUUUAGAGAACUGCCAGAACCACUAUUCACUUACACUCAUUUCAAUGACUUUGUUAAUGCAAUCAGUAAGUAUAUGCUAAAGAAGCCUUCCACCCUGAGACAGUUGUAUAGCAACUUCAGAACUACGGCCAUGUCAGACAGUUAUACAAAAAUAAGAUACUGAGUUGCAAAAUCAGAAAGUGCCCCCCCCCAUUCAAAUUUCACCUUGGUCAUGACCUCACUAGGAUUGUGGCUUAAACAAAUCACAGUCUGUUGGCCUCAAAACUUCAUACUCAUCUGCAGCGUUAGGAUAAUACUGAUCUACUUUGCAGGCUAUUGUUAGAAUUGCAACACAAUUAUGUAUGGGAAGUGCUCUGAAUAUUCCUUAAAGUUGGACUGCACACCUGUGGCUCUCCAGCUGUUGGAAUCCAGCUCUCAUCAGUCUUAGCCAGCAUAGGCAAUGGUUGGGGAGGUGCUGUUCAGCCAGACCUGGAGGGCUGAAGGUUAGCCAUUCCUGCUGAAAGGAAACAAAACAGAAAGCACUUAAGUGGGUAGGUGCAGAGAAAUGAUGAAAAUCAAAUUCAUUUUCAAAGUGAGGCAAAUGGUCAAGCAGUGCACUAUAUUAUGCAAAGCACAUAUCCAAGCAAAGUGAAUAUGAAAUUCAGACUGCGUGGAUAUGGCCCACUCUUUUUAAAAUUCCUUUUGUUUAUCUGAAACAUUAUUGAAUAUGAUUUUCAGUAUAGCGAACAAUUACACAUGAACAUGCACACAUAUUUAAUUAAGCUAUUUCACACAUGUGGGUGAAUCACUUAAUUAUUUUCUUAGCUUUUGUAAACAGGGAGAAGUGUAAAUAUACAUCUAAGAGGGACAGUUACUUUUUGUAGUGAACUGCCCAUUCCCAUUUAAGCCGAGUUCCACAGCAUUAAGAUGCUGUAGAAGUCUCAGGAGUCAAUUCUGCAAGAGGCAAAUACAUUUUCUCUAGUUUUGUUGUUGUAGAAUGGCUAUGUUCACUAUGGCCACUAGGUGGUAAUAUGCAUUAGCUAAUGUCCUUGCAAUCAAAUGAUAAACAGUGAAAAGCAGUGUGCUUAAAAGUUCUCUCUCCCCCUCUCCCUCUCCAGAACAAGAGCCUAGACACCGUGUUCAUGCUGUAAAAGAGCUGAUUAAACAGUUGCCAAAGCCAAAUCAAGAUACCAUGCAGGUGCUCUUCAAACAUCUCAAGAGGUAAGUAGUGCAUGGAAGAAAAAUGUGGCUCGGUCUGUUUUUCACAUCCAGAAAUAAAGAAACAUGAUGAAAUCACGUUUCUAUUUUGCUCUGGAGGUCACCUUGCCCAGCCAGUCCCAGCCCCCUUGUGCCUGCCUUCUAGAAAAACAAGUUCAAGCAUUGCUUUUUUAAACUCAGUUUUGUGUAAAUUUGUGGUGGGAAAAAGGGGCCAGACCUAUAAAGGGGGUUUAGCUGUCUGUGAGAGGUCUUGAUAUGCAUUGGUGCAGAUAUAUGUGGCUGCGUGCUUCCCCAGGGAGAAAUGGAGACUGAUCAUGCUGCAAAGUUCCAGAAGGAUACAAAAAGUAUGCGCAGGCUUCAUUCGUUUUAUAAUCUGAGAAAGCAUCCUGUGAAUGUGACAAUUGCUUAGUUGAAGAUGUUUGCACAUAUCAGUGUUUCUGGAUUAGGAUACCUGCAUACAGAAUUUCAUUAGGGAAGUUAUUAUGCUAUCUGCCUUCUCGUUUGUGAUAUGAAUUUGUAUUGGAAGUUCAGUGUUUGCUCUCUCCCCCCUCCUCUCUCUCAGAAUUGUAGAAAAUGGAGAGAAGAACCGAAUGACCUAUCAAAGCAUAGCCAUAGUCUUUGGUCCAACCCUGUUGAAGCCAGAGAAAGAGACUGGCAACAUAGCCGUUCACACAGUGUAUCAGAACCAGAUUGUAGAAUUAAUUCUACUGGAAUUGAACUCCAUCUUUGGACGCUGA